CCCCAUAAAUCAUAUAUGUACCAGCACAUUCAGCUUCCUGUCUAUCCCAUUGUAUAUUCCAUUUUUAACAAAUGAAUGUACUCAUAUUAUUGUAUAUUUCUUUUACAUUUUAUCUAAUACAUUCCUAUAACAAUAUGUGCUCUUGUUCUUAUUUCUCAACUCAGUCUCUCUCCAACAUCAAUCAAAUGCUAGCAUAGAUAAUGAACCUUUACUGUAUUUUUGAACAUAUGUUUUAUAUCUAUCCCAUUUUUCCAUAAUUUUUUUAUUUGAAUUGCCUCUCAGGCUAUUUGUCAGCUGCGCCAUCUCAGUGAAUUCUUGUAGCUUAUAUUGCCAGGACUUCUUCUUCCUUCCACCCCUUUGCCACCAAAGUCCGGGCUGCAGCCGUUGCAUAUAAGAAUACCUCCCUAAAGGCCUUCGGGAUGACCCUUCCAACAAUGCUUAACAGAAAUGCGUCUGGUCUUUUUAAAAAGGUUAUUCCAAUUUUAAUGGUUUCUUUUAGCUGUUUUUUGUUUUAGCUCCAAGCUGUCUUGAGUCCGUGUCAGCAGCAAAGGCGGGGUAUAAAUAAACAAGUAGUUGUUAUUACUAAUAAUCCUGUAGUUGAAACCAUCAGGGCAUUUACAGUAGAGUGUUUUUCACAGCUCUCCAGUGAAAGAGGAUCGCUGCCUCUGCCUCCCAAAAUCCAACGCAAAGCAAAUACGGUUGGUUUGAUCUCAUAGCCCCACCUGGUGGCCACGCGUCUAAUUAUUAGUAGGGGGAAAGUAAGACAGGCAGACGACAGUCCGGGCGCUUGCACGCGAUCCUGGCGCGCCCCGGCUGCUGAUCCUAUGCUCGUUUACUUGGAAGCCAGCCAGCUCUGCUUGGAUUCCGUGGGAUCCGCUUCUCCGGAGGAGAGCUGGUGUGAUCCUGCGGGUGGGGGGGGGUGUUGCGCGGCUGCUUCAGUCCAGCGGGCAGGAUCGGGUCCCAGCGGAGGGAUGCGCGCACAAUGCGGUGGAAAGAGGCAGUCCGGGGAAAGUGCGGGCCACUUGGAGCACUUUUCUGCGGGCCGGGGCAGAAGAGGGCAAUGGCGCCAGGCAGAAAUCCGUCGGGUGCGUCCGCGGCCGCCCCGCGAUCCUCGGGUGGAGGGCGGUAUCUAAAGGUAAUUAACGGCAAUAAUAAGAACCAAAACUGGAGGAGAAGCGACGCCGGUUGCAAGACCAGCGCCACCGUUUUCCUUGCCUGCCGCCUUUCCACCGUUAGAGGCGGAUUAAGAGCCUGGAAACACGUUUGACAAAUAUCUUUUUCUUAUUUCAUAUUUGACAAAUAUAUUUUUAUUUUCAUAUUUUCUUUUAGGUCCCGUAUUUCUUUUUCAGUAUAUGCUGGUGUAAGGAUCAAUUUAUUUUCAUUUUUUUAUAAAUUUUAAAAAUGCAAUAAAGAUCAAUAAUAAUUGUAAUAAUAAUCAUAGUAAUAAAAAUAAUAAAUAAGAGCCUGGAAACAGAGCCGAAGUCGCCGUGAGCAACACCCUUCCCCGGCCAAAGGCAGGACUCCCCUUCCUCCCCCAUAAAACCCGCGCAUCUCUCGCGAUCCCCAGCAAACACGCGGAAUCCGCGUCUCUUUUCCCUUUUUCGCAAACGCGCAUGCGCACUCUCGGGCACCGGCCCCUCCUCUCCGCCCCCUCCCGUCCGGAGAGCCGGCCGUCACGUGACGCUGAAAGCAGCCGGUUGGCGGUUGCGGGAUUCCUCCCCCCGCCCUUUUCCUUUCGAGAAACUCCCUGAUCCGCGCCGGGAGCGAGCCGCUCUGCCCCGAGCCCUCCCCUCGUCUCCAUGGUCUCUUCGCCCCCGGCCCGCCCCUCGCGGUCACGUGGCGCCCUCGCGCAGGCCGGAAGGAGGCCUGACAGGCCGGCCCCCCGCCGUUGGCGGCCGCGAGGAAGAGGAGGAGAAGGCGGAGGCCGAGCGCGGCGAGGAAGCAGGAAGCGCCGCCGGGAGGGACGAGCGAGCGGGAGACGGAGCCAGGUGAGGGAGGGAGCGCGCGAGGGAACGAGCGAGAGAGCGGCCGGCCGGCCGGGGGGCCUCCGGGGUCUCCCCGCCCGCUCCCCCAGGGGCAGCCCCGCCCGCACCUGCCUCGGUUGCCUGGCAACCGCCCCCCCCCCAGGCACCUGCCGGGCCUGCUCCCCCCUGCGCGGGACGCCGAGGGCGGCGGCUGCUGCUGCUGCCAGCCCGUGUGGGCGUCCCCGAGGCAGCCCCUCGGGCUUCUCCUCCUCCUUCCCCGGCGGGCUUCCUUUCGCUUUCACGCCGGAGAGAGGAGGACGCGGCUCCCCCUUCUCCUCCCCCCCAGCCCAAACUUCGGCGAGCUGGAAGUUUGGCUCCUCCGCUUGGCGGGGCGACUCCGCCUCGGAGGGGCGACUGAGCUCUCGCUUCGGGCUCCCUUCCCCGCCCCGGGUCUCCCUCCCCCCGGGCCCCCGGGCUCCCGCUUGCCCCUCUGGCAGCAGCUGCCUUCUCCUCCACCUGCUCCCCUAAUCCUCCCUCGCUAGGGCCAUCUGCUCCCCCGGCCUCGCCAGUCUCCCGGCUCCUCUGCACAUUCUCCCCUCUCCAAGGAGGUCUCGUUUCCUUAUCGCGGCUGGGAUGGCGUCCCCUCCCUGCUUUCCAAAGUCCACCCACCUGCAAGGGUUAAUAAAGGAAAAGCAAAGGCAGCAGCAGCCUCACCUGAACUUUUGGGGGGAGAGGGGAUGCCAUUGUGGAUGUGGAGGUCUACCGUGGUCCAGGGAGGGGAGAGUUGCUGCUGCUGCUGCUGCCGUCCUCUGCUCCUGCUUGGGGGCACCUGGUUGGCCGCUGUGAAAACAGGAUGCUGGACUAGAUGGGUCCUUGGCCUAAUCCCCCAGACUCUCCUUAUGUCCUGCUCUCUGUUGCGUGUGGGAGCCUCUUAUUGCCAGCUUUGAACGUUUAUUUCCAGGCGCAUGUGUGGUGGUGCCGGGUCACACUCACCCCCCCCCCAAAGUGCACAAAUCUGAGAGGAGUGGUUGGGUUGUGUGCCUAAGCCAGGGAUCAGCAAACCAUUUCAGCAGGGGGUCAGUCCACCAUCCCUCAGACCAUGCGGUGGGCCGAACUAUAUUUGGGGGGAGAAAAGAACGAAUUUCUAUGCCCACAAAUAAGCCAGAGAUGCAUUUUAAAUAAAAGGACACAUUCUACUCAUGUAAAAACACGCUGAUUCCUUGACUGUCUGCAGGCCAGAUUGAGAAGGCGAUUGGGCUGCAUCCGGCCCCCGGGCCUUAGGUUGCCUACCCCUGGCCUAAACCCACCUGACUUCCGGUUAAAUUCAGUGUGAACUCAAUUGUGCUUGUCCUGAGUAGACAUGCAUAGGAUCAUGCUGUUGUAUUGAUUUGGUACUGUGUGUUUGAUGUUGCUUAAUCGUGUUGCAAUGUGUACUGAGUUUUAAAAGAGGCGUGGUUGCUGAGCAGCCCAACUCCCUUCUUUACCCUACAUUUCAGCAAUUGCUUUUCCCCCAUUUGAGAUGUACAGAUAAGAUUCUAACUGCCAUGCCCAGCAUGCAGGGAGCAUUGUGUGUGUCAUGGCAGACAGCUUCUGAGUCUUGGGGCUGUUCCGUGCAUGACAUUGCUCCCCAGAGCCACAAUAUCGGAACGGGGCCUUCAUGUUCAGGGGCAGCAGUCUGGUGAAUGCAGUGGGACAAGGAGGAAGGGCUGCUGGCCUUUUUCAUGCUCGGUUUUUACCACGGCAUGUUUUCAUCCUGUGGGUUGACUGGAGCUGUGUGAAUGGCCACAGUGGGAAUUGGGACCCCUUAUGAGAUGUUCUGGGUUCUGCUUCAGCAGCCAGGCUCUUUUUAGACUGUUGGAGCCUUUUCUUAUACUGUAUUGAGAUCCCCUCUUGCUGCAGGAGGAAAAAGCACAUGUGGAAUCCUCCCUGAAAUGUGACGUGAGGGUUUGUUUCAUGAGGAGUGCUGGGUAGUUGAGAGCUCUUUACGCAGGGUAAGAGUUGCACCAAAAUGACUAGUAUGAUGUGCUUUGAACACUUGGGUGCUGUGUUAUUCACAGCCACCUCUUCCAGUUUUUGUUUUUGUUUUAAAACUAUUUUAACACUUUUGCAGCAGGGCUAGGUAACCUAUGGUCCUCUUGCUGUUGCAGUUUCCCCAAGCCAAAUCUUUGGAAUGAGGGCAUGCAAGAAGGAAGAGGUGGUCUAUUAAGCUGCAGAAAUCGCUUUCAUAAAGGAGAUGGUUGUGGAAGUUUAGUACAUGCAGCUGUGGAGAUCUGUUUCUGAAGGGGGUGUGUCUGUUUACCAGCUUGUAAAAAGUCUUUCCCUUAUGGAAUGUGUGUUUGCCAACUCAGUGCCCUCCAGAUAUUUGUUGUAAGACAGUGGUGGGGAACCGCUGGUCCACGAACCAAACUUCUCCCGCCAACCCUCCCCAUCUAGCCUGCAAGGCCAUUUUGGGCAAGCCAGACACUUCCAUUGUUACACCUGAUGUCAUACAUUGCUAGGGCUUCAAAGGAAGAAUCGGGAGAUUAGAGUGAGCUCCCAACAUUCCUUUUGCUGGAGCCAGGCAUGCUCCCACUGCCCUUCUGCUGAUGGACAAUGAGAGUGGGCCUUGCUCCGGGAGCAGGAAACAAUUGAACAGAAACUGCUUCUCCCACCCAGUGCUGCUCCUUGAACUUCUGAAAACUGGGUGCACAAAGAGCAGUGUGAGGCUGCUUGUAAAAGGGCUUUCAAACAGCCCUGUGCUGUGCUUUGGAGUCCCAACAAUCGGGGCUUCUAAGCACAGCAUCACCUGGUGUCAUAGUGGUGUCAGGUGAUUGACAGGGUCUUGCUGAUAAAUGCAGUCCAUCAGGGAUUGGAAGGCCAGAAGAGGUCUCCUCCCUGCCCCGCUGUAGACAUCGCCUUGCUGCAUCAGGGAGAGGACUUUGGAAACUUUAAUUCAGCAUCGAUUGGAGGCAGUUGGUGGUGUCCUCAACUGUAUAACCUGGAGAUUUCCCCCCCUUUGUACCGUAUUAGAGAGAUUUCUCUCUCAUUCUGAAAUUGCCAGGAAAUGGUUUAGUUGUAGGAAGCAUUUAGAAAGACAAGAGGCUUAAUAAAAUCCAAUGCUUCAACAUUCUUGGACCGGGGGGGGGGGGGAAUCCAAAUUCCUACAUGCAGUAGUCAGAUUCUUAGACACAUGGACAACCGAGUGCUAGCCAGUGGCUCUUGCCCAGUCCUGUGUGUUGCUGAUAAAGAAGAAAUGGUUCGGGUGCUCAGUUCUUCCCCUGCUUUCACUGGUCCUUAACUCUUGCAGCAGCAGCAGCACUUUCCCUUCAUCAUCUUCAGCAUCUUCUGGUUGCAAAAGGCUUUUUUGAAAAAAGAUUUGUGGUUUUCAGUUAUAUACAUUUCAAUAGUUUUACAGUAACUUAAACAUAUCAAAACUUGACUUCCUCCUCUUUCUGCGGUUCCUUACAUUAUUUUUUCCCCCCAUUUCCUGCAUAUUCUAAAUUAACUUAUUUUUUCAUUCAUCUACUUUAAUUGUUUACUCUUAUGAAACUGCAGGUUAUUACAAUAACCCUGCCAAUUUGUUUACAAUUUGUUUGUAAAUAUUCAAUAAACCAUUUCCAUUUUUUAAUGUUAUCUUGAUUUCUCUCUUCCCCCGCCCCACAGUAAGUUUUGCCAUUUCUGCGUAGUCCAUAAGUUUUUGUAUCCAUUCUUCUUUCAUCGGGACUUCUUCUUUCUAUUUUUGGGUAAAUAACAUUCUUGGCGCUGUAGUAGCAUACAUGAAUAAAUUUCUGUACUGUUUAGGUAAUUCUGCCCCUGUAAUUCCAAAAAGAAAAUUUGUUUAAAAAUGCUGAUUUUUAAACAAAUGUUAUUUUAAACAUCUUUCUCAAUUCAUUAUGUAUCAGUAAGCUUUAAACAUACUGCGGGACCACAUAUGAUGUUGUUGUUUAGUCGUUCAGUCGUGUCCGAUUCCUUGUGACCCCCUGGACCAGAGCACGCCAGGCACUUCUGUCUUCCACUACCUCCCGCAGUUUGGUCAAACUCAUGAUGGUAGCUUCGAGAACACCAUCCAACCAUCUCCUCCUCUGUCGUCCCCUUCUCCUUGUGCCCUCCAUCUUUCCCAGCAUCAGGGUCUUUUCCAGGGAGUCUUCUCUUCUCAUGAGGUGGCCAAAGUAUUGGAGCCUCAGCUUCAGGAUCUGUCCUUCCAGUGAGCACCCAGGGCUGAUUUCCUUCAGAAUGGAGAGGUUUGUUCUUCUUGCAGUCCAUGGGACUCUCAAGAGUCUCCUCCAGCACCAGAAUUCAAAAGCAUCAAUUCUUUGGCGAUCAGCCUUCUUUAUGGUCCAGCUCUCACUUCCAUACAUCACUACUGGGAAAACCAUAGCUUUGACUAUACGGACCUUUGUUGGCAAGGUGAUGUCUCUACUUUUUAAGAUGCUGUCUAGGUUUGUCAUUGCUUUUCUCCCAAGAAGCAGGCGUCUUUUAAUUUCGUGGCUGCUGUCACCAUCUGCAGUGAUCAUGGAGCCCAAGAAAGUAAAAUCUCUCACUGCCUCCAUUUCUUCCCCUUCUAUUUGCCAGGAGGUGAUGGGACCAGUGGUCAUGAUCUUCGUUUUUUUGAUGUUGAGCUUCGGACCAUAUUUUGCGCUCUUCUCUUUCACCCUCAAUAAAAGGUUCUUUAAUUCCUCCUCACUUUCUGCCAUCAAGGUUGUGUCAUCUGCAUAUCUGAGGUUGUUGAUAUUUCUUCCGGCAAUCUUAAUUCCGGCUAGGGAUUCAUCCAGCCCAGCCUUUCGCAUGAUGAAUUCUGCAUAUAAGUUAAAUAAGCAGGGAGACAAUAUACAGCCUUGUUGUACUCCUUUCCCAAUUUUGAACCAAUCAGUUGUUCCAUAUCCAGUUCUAACUGUAGCUUCUUGUCCCACGUAGAGAUUUCUCAGGAGACAGAAAGUACCUUUUUUCUCUUUGCAUUUCCAACACUUAUUCGAUUUUGAUUUAUACAUUUUUUGCCAGUUUACUCAGUGUUAGAUACCAUGUAUAUAACAUUUUCAUAUAGUUUUCUCUUAAACCAUAGCAUGCUGUAAAUUUUAUAUCCGUAUUCCACAAUCGUUCCCACACUUCCAUAACUAUAUUAUAACCAAUAUCUAUUGCCCAGCGUAUCAUUGAAGACUUUACCUGCUCAUCCUUUGUCUCCCAAUCCAAUAAUAUCUUAUACAUUUUUGGCAGCUCUUUUACAUUCCAACAGAUCUCUCUCCAGUUGUGAUAUUUGUUCCCCAAACCCCCGGGGCUUGUCUAGGUGGGCCUGGGUUGGAGAAAAGGCAGCAGCACCUGGGCAGGCUGCUUGGGACUUUAUUGAGCAUAUUCAGCCUUUCCUGAACCUUUGGCAGGAGACAGAAAGCUGGGAGGCAGAGGAGGCUUUCGUGCUACAUUCUCCCCUUUUGGGGGUUGCGAAUUCUGUUACAUCUUUGUGUCAGGGGUGUGAUAGCAUCAUUUGACUGUAUCUCAAUAUAGAAUUGUCCUUGGUGGCUGCUGCACAGCGCAUCUUUGGAUGAGAUCCCAGGAGAGAGGCUCGGAACAGUAAUUUGCUCAGGGACACGUGGAGGAGGGGUAUCAUUACUCCUUCACGCCGUUAAAACUGACUCUUUCAGGUAGCAGAGUGAAGUCACACCUUCAGUUUUAAUUAAGAGAAGAAGCAUUCCUCAGUUAUUGAAAACUUGUCACAACAGCGUUUUCCUGUUUUCCAUUUUCUGGAAGUAGCAAGGGGUAACGGUGAGCCAAUUAAUUAGGGUGUUGUGGAAGAUACGGCUUCUGGCUCCCGUUAGAUUAUUAGUUUCGCUUUUUAAAAAACUUGACCACUUUCGCUUUUUGAAAAACUUGACUCCUCAUUUUUACCUCCAGGCAUUUGGCUUUAGCCUUAUCUGGCAAUUUUGGCACCCAGGACAGUGCUGAGGCUGCUAAGGGUUGUCUGUUAAGGAGAUAAUUUACAGUCAUACCUUUGACCCUUGGGACUUGGACUCCCGAAUGCCGCAAACCUGGAAGUGAGUGUUCUGGUUUGCGAAUGUUCUUUGGAACCCUAAACAUCCAACGGAGCUUCCGCGGCUUCUGAUUGGCUACAGGAGCUUCUUGCAGCCAAUCAGAAGCUGCGCUUUGGUUUCUGAACGUUUUGGAAGUUGAACGGACUUCAGGAAUGGAUUCUGUUCGACUUCCAAGCUACGACUGUAGUGGAUUUAGACCAGGAGUGGGUAACCUGGGGCGGGGGGGGGGCGGGGAGAGAUGCUGCUGGGCCCCCAGCUGUCCUUGAGGCCUUGAGGUGUGGGUGGGUGGAAGAGACGUAAUGCAGAACACCUGGCGAGGUGAGCCAGCCUGGCUUUAGGCCCUUGAAGGUCAUACUAGCAAAUGAAGCUGUAGGCUGCAUUAAAAAGCCCUUAGUCUAUUUAAUCAUUUGAGUCGUAGCCUAUUGUGAUUGAUUAUGCUUGCAUAUGAGUAAGAAUAGUGUUUCUGAAACAUGCGAAAAGAGAGAGGCUUCUGUUAAGAUGAAUGUGUGCUGUGACAUUCCUCAUCUCAGAGACGUUCCUUCCAGCCUGUGAGAAAAUGAAGCAAAUAAAAAUUAACUUAGUUUACUACAACUGUUAUUAUUAAAUGUUAUUAAAUAGGAAGGGAGGCCUUUUCAUUUGGAUGUUAAUCCCCAUUUAACUCCCCAUGGAAUCAACACUUAUUGUUCGCUUCCCAUUUCCAGGGAGCUGAGGUGACUCUCCCACUUUUCGGAUUCCUGCUUUUGAGCUCUCCAUGGGCAUCUGGUGGUGGUCGUUGUUGUUAAAUUUCUAUGCUGCCCUUCAUCUUAGGAUCACAGGGCUGUGGACAAUAUAAAAGCACAAAAAUAUAUAACCUAGUAACAGACAAGAACAGUACCCCACGCCCAGUUUAAAAGGCCAUAGGCAUAGAUUAUUUAAUUAACCAAAGGCCUGGGAGAAGAGGAAUGUUUUUGCCUGGUGCCUAAAGAGAUGCAACGAAAAUGCCAAGCGAACUUCCCUGGGGGGGAGCAUUCCACUGCGGAAAAGCCCCGUUCUGGUGUUGCCAACCUCCGGACUCCUCACAGACACAUCUUAUGUUCUUGUUCUUUUAAUACAGUGCUUCUAGGGGGAGGAUAAUCCAAAGGCAUUUAAUCAAUAACUCAGGGGGGGCAGACCUGCUGCCCGCCAGGUGUUGCUGGACUUCCAACUUCUGCCAGUCCCAACCAGCAUGCCAGGGGUCAGGGAUGAUGGGAUUGCCCCCCCCCCAUUGGCUGCCCUUGCCAUAGCUGGUUAAACGUUUCUGCUGUUGUAAACAAAAAUUGCCCUUUUCCCUUAUGGGGUAUCCAAGAGCCCAUAUAGAGUCCUUACAUAGGUUCCCUAUUGGUAGGAGAGAAUUAACAGAGGCCAACCAGAGAAGCGGCCAACCAGAAGCGGCUUAGUCAUGCUGGCCACAUGACCCGGAAGCUGUAUGCCGGCUCCCUUGGCCAAUAAAGCGAGAUGAGUGCCGCAACCCCAGAGUCGGUCACGACUGGACCUAGUGGUCAGGGGUCCCUUUACCUUUACCUUUAACCAGAGAAUAUUGAAAAGCAAAGUAGCUAGUAAACUUGAUCUUUAUUGAUCUGUUGCAACAGGGUGCUCUCCUCACCCGCAGGAGAGAGGAGGAACCCAGAAAAAUGGCGUGCAAAGCCUUAUAAAGACUUUUGAAAUUGCCACCCUGUAGAUCACGACCACCCCCAGAAAUAUCAAACAUACAUCACAGAAGAGGUGUAACCUAAGACCACCCCUCAGAUACAUCACACCAAAAUCAUAAAAAGGCAGUCUAAAACAGAAAUUUUGAAUGUUGUUUAUCUCCUGUCUGGCAGGUUACUUGAUUGGAUUUCCUGGGGAGCCUGGCUAGUCUUUUGUAGUGAUAAAUACUUAGUUCCUGGGCCAGGUCACAGGCUCACACCCUAUUCAAACACAGACAUACCCUUAAGACAGGAUUUGUGAAGGAAAAGACAAUGGGGAGGCUUUUCCAUUUUCCUUUGACCUUGCAGAGAAAACAUUUGGUCAGUUUGGGACAGUUUGGGAAUCAAAUGGUUCCAGGUCGGUCUUCCUGUGCUGAUCUAUGUACAUGCUUGGUUGGUACGCUUAUGAACAUUACUAUAUAUCCAAGACCUCAAAAUUCCUAUCACACUGCGGCCUUUCUGGUGAAGAGCAGGUUGCUCUUGUUCCUGGCUGCCGCUGAUCCCAGGCCCCCACAUCCAUUGGGAAAGCUAAUGAACCUGUUUGGCUGUUCAGGCUUGUGUUCCUGGCUGCUGCUCAGAACAAUUUCUUCCUUGCUCUGAGGAGGCAGCAGAACUUCCGCAACCCAGUGCUUUGCCCGGUCUGUGAUUUGGCUUGCCAGCCAUUCCAAGGUGGAGCUGGAUUUGCAAGGAGGGAGAUUUUGACAAGUGCUGGUCAUAGAAUUACAGAAGUUGUAGAGUUGGAAGGGACCCCCGGGGUCAUCUAGUACAACCCCCCCUGCAAUGCACAAAUCUUAGCUAAAGCAUCCAUGGCAGAUUGCCAUCCAACCUCUAGUCCAGGGGUUGGCAAAGUUGUUGUGGCUUGGGCUCGUUCAUGGUCCCGCAGACACUGCGGUGGGCUGGAGUGCACAUGCGCACAUGCAUGCGCAAAUGCUAUUUCCGGCGCUCCUUCCAGCGCAGAGGAGGCGUGCGCAGCUUCCCACUGGCUGCAGGAGCUUCCAGCGUCACGGAAGGCGGUCCCUGCUCUGCUCUGUGCUGGUUUAGUGUGGCGCACGGGAGCUGAGCGGGUGGUGGAGGUCCCCAAGCCGGUGGCGGGGGUCCACGGGCCGGUUAAACAACCCCAUGGUCUGCUUGUGGCCCAUGGGCCUUAGGUUGCCAACCCCUGCUCUAUCCUAACUGGAGGGUGGGCUUUUCUUGUGCCAGAAAACAGGAGAUUGCAGUGUUGCCUCUGGCAUAAGGAGAAUGCACAGCAGUACAGUGGAACCUCGUGUUACCUACCAUCGCCCUUGCGAACGUUGCAGGUUACGAGCUCCGCUAACCUGGAAGUAGAUGCUCCUCGUUGCGAUCUUUGCCCUGGGAUGUGGCGGUAGCGGGAGGUGCCAUUAGCGAAAGCGUGCCCGCGUUAUAAGUGGUUUAGGAUUGAGAACGGACCUCCAGAAUGGAUUAAAUUCGUAACCGGAUGUACCACUGUAUCUAGAACAGGAAAGCCCAGUCACAUUAGCACAGGGGACUGUUGGUGGACUGUGAUAUUUAGUUCUAACUUAUUGAUCAAAUACACUUUUUAAAUGAAGAACAGCUAUUUUAUUCAUUUUUUAAUUGUAUUUAUAUUCCGCUUCUCAGGUGGAGCUCAAAAAGCAGUUGCAUAUUAUUAAUAUAACACCAAGCAUCCAAUUUUCUAAAAGUUAUAAAAGGAUGGUCCUUCAGAUGCUCCUGUUUUAAAAUUUUAGGGUACACACACAUAGCAGACACACACUCCACAGAAAACCUAUCCUUCAUCCUUUAAAAUUUAGGAAAUAUUCCCUGAGAAAAAUAGACAUUAUUUUAGCACACAGAACAGUCCCCCAAAAGCCCUCUUGGCUCUCUUAAUUACUCUGAAUAUUUCUUCUACAGAAGGAGAUAUCUUGGAGAAACCUUUCCCAGCAGUUACUUACAAAUCCUGCCUUAAGGGCAUAUUUGGGUAUGAAUAGGGUGGGCCUGUGACCUGGAUCCAGGAUAAAGUAUUUACCAUCUCAGUGGCCAGACUGCCCAGGUAAUGCAAUCAGUAAAGCAUUAUCAGGUACCUUGGCAGACAGGAGAGAAGCCAGAAUCAACAUUUCUAUAGGAGACUGCCCUCCUUCUGUGAAGCAUGUAUGAUGCUUUUUGGGUGGUCAUUGGUUAAGGGGUUGAAACAUGCAAUCUGGCCAAAUGUUUUCUCUGGAAUUUUUGUUACAAUCAAUCAUAAUUUGAUUUUGGACCAUUAAUUAGCACUUUUGUCGCUCUAACCCUGAGCUUUUCUAACUUAGCUGCUGCCAGGUGGAAAACAGGAGAUAAUCAUACUUGGCGAUCCUGGUAUGCCUGUGUGUGGGAGGCUGGCAGCAGGCAGCUCUCCUAGGUUUGCAAAUGUGAUUAUAAGAUGGGCUUUCAGUUUGUGUUUUUUGCAGCAUGAGGACUAGAAAUUUGUUUCUGAUUUACAGCCAGAGGUGCGAUUUACAGCCUAGUCCUGCACAUGCUUACUUGGCAGUCAGCCUUCCAUGGCUUACCCCUGGGCAAAUUCUGUAGCCAGUAAUAGAUUCUGUGCUUGCCUGGUGGAUCUUCAGGUAAACGGAAGUCCUGUUUGUGGAUGGAUUAGCAACUGCAGGUGGGAUUUCUGCAUAUUUGUACAAGGAUUUCCUGGAUUUCUCCCAGCAGUUGCCUACCUCUCAAUUAAAACCCAGCUGCUCAGAUUAAUAAGAAAAUGAACCUUGUGUAAACUCUGUCUGGAGCAACCUCUACCACGUGGUGAAACCAGAGGUGUGAACCAACUGCUCACCUUGUCCUUUGCAGGUGCUGUUGGCAGAGUGAGUGCCAUGCUCUGGAGCUCUUAGCUUUCUAACAUGGCAGAGGGAGGUGGAAACGAAGAAGUGAUUGACUUGAACAGUUUCCGGAGCCACCGAGGGAAAGGUAAGGAAAACAUUCCUGGUUCUUCCAGGUGCAGCGCAUGAGGCUGCUGCAGGGGUCAGCAAACUUACUGCGCCUCGAGCCGGUGUCUCCAGCGCCGAUCGUGCGGCGGGCCAGAGGGCGGGGGAGCUCGUGCCCAUACGCAUGCACACACGCUAUUUCCGGCGCACUUCCGGAGCACCAGAAAUAGCUUGUGCGCAUGUGCACGGGCCUCCUCCGACCUGGAUGUGCACCAGAAAUAAUGCUUGUGCAUGUACACAAGCUAUUUCCAGUGCUCCUCUUCCGUUUGUGUACGAUUUUUGGAAGCCAAACAUCCGAUGCAGCUUCCGUGGCUUCUGAUUGGCUGCAGGAAGUUCCUGCAGCCAAUUGGAAGCUGUGCCUUGGUUUUCGAACCAUUUUGGGAGUCAAAUGGACUCCCGGAAUGGAUUAAAUUUGAGAACCAAGUAUGACUGUAUUAGUGUUCUGUUGUGAACCUUCAGCUGAUAGGUAAGUUGUCUCUCCUUUCUCUCCUUCCUUCUUUCAGAUAGAAUAAACCACAGAGACGAGGGGCUUAUCACCAUAUCCGACUCCUCGGAUGAAGAAUUGCCUGUGAUGCUGGACAUUCCUGUUCGCCGGCAGUGGGAGGAUGAGGAAGACGACGAUGUAGUCAUUCUGAUGGAGGUAACUCUUUGGCCCUGGCCAUCCUCCAGUGUAGCAAAAAUUGAAAUUUGUGUUAGGCUUAGUAUACAACCAGUAUGGUCUCCCCAUCCCAGAUGUAUGUUUAAAACGGAAUAGUUAUAUGUUAUUUAUUAUUUGAAACUUUUUAAAAUCUGGCAUUGAUUUAGUUAGCUUGACUCUCAUUGUAACAGAUGCAUGAAUCCUCCCCCGCUGUAAGACACAAAUCGAGCCCCCGUCUAAUAUUCUGGAGUUGUUCUCACUUGGCUUCCAAAACUUUGCCCAAGUGAGCUUAGCAGGGCAUCUUAAAAUGUGAGGAUGGUGGGCUGCCCCCUGACAGCUCAUCCUAGAAUUUUUCAGCUAUUUCAGGUAGCGGCUCUGUUCUGCUACUACCUUGAGGAAGCACAACAUUUUUUGAGCAGCAAAACAUGCUUUUAAAUACCCCUUAACACCAGCUGCCAAAUGCCUCCCUGAAAGGGAGAAAAUCCACUUCUUAAAAUCCUGCUUGUUAAUUUUCUUUCAAUGUGAGCCCACCUUAGCAGGAGCAAAACGAGGAAAUGCUUACUCUAAAUCCUAUAUAGCAGUGAUGGCCACACUUGGCCCUUCAGCUAUUUUGGGACUACAACUCCCAUCAUCCCUAGCUAACAGGACUAGUGGUCAGGGAUGAUGGGAACUGUAGUCCCAAAACAGCUGGAGGGCCAAGUUUGGCCAUCGCUGCUAUAUACAGUGGUACCUCGGUUUAAGAACAUCCCUGUUUACGAAUGAUUCAGUUUACGAACUCCACAAAACCAGAAGUAAUGUUCUGGUUUGUGAACUUUACCUCGGUCUAAGAACAGAAGUCGAAUGGUGGAAGGGCACCGCCGGCAGGAGGCCUCAUUAGGGAAAGCGUGCCUCAGCUUAAGAACAGACUUCCGGAACGGAUUAAGUUUGUAAACUGAGGUACCACUGUACUUGCAACCUGAAGUAACCUUCCAAAGAAACGGCUAGCCUAACUACGGCUUAAUAUCCUUUUAAAGACAGGAGCGAAGAAGCUUCUGCGCUCCAAUGUGAUCAGACCAGCGGCUCCCUGGCAGAGUGCGAGCAAGUCGGGGGAAGGAGGGUCCAAGGGCGACGUGUUGCCAGGGCCCCACGAUGGACAGAAGGCGAGGACCCCUCCUUCCCCGAGGCCGCCUGGCGCUUGGCGGAACUGCGCGAAGGCCGCUGGCGUGGCGCUGGGACGGCAGGAAAGCGAGAACGAGGUCUUGGAACUGCCAGAAACCCCGGAGCCCGUUGGGCCGAGGGGGGACGGCGAUGGGGCUGUUCCGGAGCCUGGUCCCAGCGUGGCUCGGACGAGAGAGGCGAGACCCGGCGGCGAGAAGGAGGUCAUCAACUUGGAGGAGGUCUUGCCCGCUGAUGAGGAAGGGCAGGAGCAGAGGGAGCGAGAGCUGCAACCGAGGCUAGCACCGCCCCUCGGAGGGACUGUCCGGUGCAUCCAGGAGAACAUGCGGCUGGACCACCCGUAUUUCCAGCCGGCUGAGAAGGACGCAGGCCCCGUGGUCAACCUCAUUUCUCCCCAGCAAGGGCAGAGGGACAUGGACCUGGGCCCGCUGCCCAGGGCGUACCAGGAGGAGAUCCCUGGGCCUGCCUUUCCCAGGCCGGAGCCUCCGCAGGACGGGAUCCCAGGCCCCGCCUCCCCCCAGCUGGCUCACCCACCGGAAGAAGAGGGAGGUGGGCAGCAGGCAACGGUCAAUGAGCAGGCGGGCCCCUCUUCGCCAGCCCGAGGGCCCCCCGAUCCUGGUUCCAGCGACGUUCCCAAGCAAGGCACUGCUCCUCAGCUCGACAAAGACCUCUUUGCUCUUCUCAUCAGGGAAACGGUGAGUGUCGUUGUCGGGUCUCCUUCAUAAGUGUGGCACUCGUCAAGAAGAGGUAAUGACAGCGCAAUCAUUUUCCCCCACUGUGAUCACUUUGGCUUCACUGAAUGGGAUGCACAUCAUGUGGAAAGCGCUCUUUUUUUAUUGGUUUUUACACAUAUUUUCCAGCAUAACAACUCCAAAAAAAGAGAAAAAAACAUGACAAAUCUUUGGCUGUCACAGCCUUUGACUUCCCUCAGCCCCUUCUAACGGUUUUCUAAAUCCUUUUCUGGUUUUGCAUUUUGUUACUAUACUUAUUGUUAUAAAUCAAAUCUUACAUCAAUUAAACUUAAUCCUUUUCACAAUAAUUUGUAAAAUCUUCCUACAAAACUUCUUGUAACCCUGCAAGCAAUAUUAAAUAAUUACAAUUGUCUUUCAAAUAUGACAUAAUUUUUUUCUAGCCCUUUAGGAAAAUGUGGUCCUGCUGGUUUCAAAUUUCCCCUGUUAGUUUCGCCAGCUCAGCAUGGUCCAUCACUUUCAUUUGUCCCUCUUCUUUUGUUGGCAUUUCCUCCUGCUUCCAUCGUUGGGCUAAUAGUAUUCUUGCUGCAGCGGUCGCAUAUAAAAACAUUUUUUUAUCAUUCUUGUGAAUUUCUGUACCUACCAUUCCAAGUAAAAGCGCUUCUGGUUUUUUUGAAAAUGUAUAUUUCAACUUUUUAAAAUGUCAUUAUAAACCAUUUCCCAUAAGUCUUUUACUUUUUUACAUUCCCACCACAUACGGUAAAAUGUGCCCUCCUUUUCUUUACAUUUCUAACAUUUGUUAUUUGUUUUAUCCAUUUCGGUUAGUUUUACCGGUGUUAUAUACCACCUGUACAUCAUUUUCAUUAUAUUUUCAUUUAAAGCACUGCAGGCAGUAAAAUUUAUUCCUUCUUUCCAUACUCUCCCCCAAUCAUCUAUUGGUAUAUUGUGUCCUAUAUCUUUAGCCCAAUGUAUCAUAACUGAUUCUACUUCUUCAUCUUCCAUGUGGAAAGCUCUUGCCCACGUCAGCUUUCCAUGUGCUGCCCUUGUUUGUGUGUCAGGGAUUGGUGUGCCUAGCAGAUGGGCAACAGAUGUGAGCAAAUGCGCGUGACCAGGUGCACAUGGAAAGCCUUUGUGGGCCACAUCUUGUAUAAAUCUUGCCUCAAUUGGGCAGUGUUCAAGCUUCCUUCCUUCAGUGAAUCCUUUGAGUUUUUGCCACAAGAUCCUUGUUUGUGGUGCAGAGGGUUUUGCAUCCUCCGGCUUACAGAAUCGUAGAGUCACACAGUGGUAGGCACACUAAUUAAUAAAAAAAUAAAAAAGUCUGGAGUAAUAACUCUUGUGUGUUGCAACACAUUUUGCCAGAGUGUAGGCCAGGAGUUGGGGCCUGUGGCCCCUCCAGAUGAUGUUGGAGAGCAUCUCUGAUGUCUGGGAGGUGUUGGGAACGAACCCAGCACCACAGGGCAGGCACUCCUAAAGCGACUCCUUAAGAAGGAUGCUUCCUUGCGACACACUUUUUUUUUACUUAAAAACAUCAAUUUUGUGAAGUGAAACUGGUGCUGCUUCCUGGUUCUGGUUGAUUGGUACUUUCUUCUUUUUUGGCUAAUUGAUGAUGUAGCUGCCUAAUUGGGCCUUUAAUGCAUUAAACUAACGGAUCAACUAAAACUUGUAGCUUCAUGCACAACAUUUAUGGCAUAUCUUUAGGCACCAGGCAAAAAGGUUUCUCUUCAAUGAGGCAUUUGGCCGAUUAACAUUCUAUGGAUUUUUAAAUACAUCUGUGGGAGGAGGGUUAUAGGUUUGUUUUGCUUUUGUUUUAUCAUGCAUUUUGUGUUUUCGUUUUGUACUUCUAUGUUGUAAACCACCCUGUGAUCUUCGGGUGAAGGGUGGUAUACAGAUUUAAUAAAUAAUAAUAAUUUGCUCUGCAUUUCAUUGCAUCUAGUCUAAAGGUUUCUGAUAAAUUACAUUUUUACAGUAAUGCUGCUUUCUCGGCAUCUUCCCACAACUGAGUGUCCUUUGCUGGUGUACAGGUAACACAGUGGGAACAUUUCAGUCUAAAACCGCCACUCUGUUUGCAUGGAAAUAUUAUUUCCAGCUCUCGUCACCAUAAAGGUGAAGCUUUUCCUGAACUGCUUAUCAACCAAAAUGUGUGUGGUUUUGUCUCUCCCCCCCCCCCCCAAAUCCAGGAAGCAAGGUUCCCAGAUGCAACCAGAGAGUACAUUGAGGAUCUAAUACAGAAUAAAAACUGCUGUGACUUAAACAUGUAAGUAUGGAAGCUUUUGCGGCACACUUACAAACCAGUUAGUAGCGAUACCCAAAAACUUGUGGGUGCGUCCUGCUCUCAUUAACUGGUCACGAUCUGGAGCAACCAUUAUGGCUUAGCCUACCCGGGCUCUAUGGGUCAGCAUGGCACAUGGCCCCUUGCCAAUCCCGUCCUUAUUCAGCUAUCUUUUGCGAAAAGAGUCAGCAGCAAAACAGGUCCUGCUUCUUGAUAGCCUCCUCUGUAUUCCAGGCUUAUUUUGCUUCUUGGUUACCAUGGGGCCAAGUUAGAUGUGGCAGCAGAGGAAGCCAGGAUUUACUCUUUUGUGUUUUACAUCUGUGAGAAUGGGCUUAAACUCGCAAGUUGUUCUUCUGAUGUACAGCUGGGUACUCCUUCCCCGUUUGGAAAAACUCUUGAGUACAUAAAAAUGCUUGCCUCCUUUUGAAUUCCUUUCCCCCUGCUGCUGCUGGAUCUUUCUUGCCCCUGGUCUGACUCUUGCCUGCACCCUGUUGCAUCCAGCUCUCUGUUUCUUUCAUUUGCUGCUGCUGCUGCUGUUCUGAGGGCUGGUGGGGAGGGCUAUAUCCGCCUGCCAAGCCCCCAGGCCAGCUUUCCCCAUCCUGGUGCCAUCUAGAUGUUGUUGGAUUCUAACUCCCACCAACCCCCUGAGCCAGCACUGCCAGGAAUGGUGGCAGUGUAGCUCAAAGCAUCUGGAGGGUGUCAGGCUGGGGAAGGAAGCACGAGUGUGUUGGGAAAAGCUGGGUCAAGUAAGUUGACAGCCCUGGCCAAGCAAUGGUCUCCUCUUGCUUUUGCAGACUUUGUAAUUUUCUUCUGGAAAAUCCAGAUUAUCCAAAGAAGGAAGGCAGAGUGGUUUUAAAUCCAAAUAGCAGCCUCCUCUCCAGCCCAGAUGAGACAAAGGUAAGUGGCAAGUUGUAAGGUUAAUCAGAAAUUAUGAAGUCCCUGCAAGGAGGCUAUUUGAUGUACGUUAGGCAGGACUCAAGGGACUUCAGGGAAGGGGCAGAGGAGGUUAAAAGGUUGAACUCUUAGCACACACAUUCUUGCCAGCUGCUGUGAGGUGCAACCCAUCUCUUGCCAGAAGUCCUUCCUCAAGGGAGCGGAGACCAUGGUCCAAGAAGCCUAACCCUUCCUGACGGCACCACCUGUGCAGCCAGUGCUGUACUUCCAAUACUUUCCUCUCUCUUCUGGCUUUCAACAGGAAGGAGGGAUGAAUAAACCACCUGUGCCCCAAGCCUCUUCAGCUUCCUGCCCAGCGUCUCAUAGUCCCUUUCUAUACAGUGGUACCUCGGGUUACAGACGCUUCAGGUUACAGACUCCGCUAACCCAGAAAUAUUACCUUGGAUUAAGAAUUUUGCUUCAGGAUGAGAACAGAAAUUGUGCUCCGGCGGUGUGGUGGCAGGAAGAGGCCCCAUUAGCUAAAGUGGUGCUUCAGGUUAAGAACAGUUUCAGGUUAAGAACGGACCUCCGGAACAAAUUAAGUGUGUAACCAGAGGUACCACUGUAUGUUGAAGGCUGUGUGUGGCUGUAUCAUGUGUACCCAACAUGAAUCAGAAGGAAGGGACUGUGGUCAGUGGGCUUCAUAAGGCUUGGCAACUUCUUUGUCACAUCGUGAAUCUUUGCACCUGGAAGACAGCACACCUCCUGUGACAUCCUGUUACCUCCUCACUCCUGCCUCUGUCCCCCUCAGUAGGGAGUCCCCUACCAGCCCCACACAUCUCUCCCUUCUCUGGGAAGUGGCAGGAAUUGUUCUGUACGCCGUCCCUUCCAAAGCCACCUUGGGAGUGUUCUAAGGUCUGCAACUGCUGCUCUUGCUCCUCUGGCCCAGAACCAGAUUGCUGGCAGGGUAGGAGUUUUGGGCCUCUAACCUGGACAUAUAUCUUCCAGUCCCUGCAUUUGGGCCAGUAUAAUGAAUCUUCCCUUCUAGCCUAUUGCAGCUUAUCUAGAUAUAUAUUAUGAGGAUAGGUUAGGGGCAGGAGUCUUAUGGCUCAAGAGUUUCCUACUCCUUCCUCUCAAGUUGCCUUUUCCAGACCACAAUUCCCUUUCUCUGAGAUCAUUUCAUUGGAAGGUAGCAGAUUAUUGGCAUACUCAUCCACUUCAGCCUUGGAUCCGAAGGGCUCAUAGGUCAAGAAUAGAAAAUGCCCAGUUCACUACCUUUUAACCUCACCUCCGUUGCAAGGUUGUUUUGAGAAUAAAUGUGGCUGGGGGAGAAUCUUGAGCUUGCUGGAGGAAAAAUGGAGUGAAGCUUGAAUAAUAAUCACGGUAAACUUCCAAGGCCAGACGAGUGUGCGCUGACUCUUUCCCCUUCCCUCCCUCCCCGUUUCCUUUUUUCUUCUUUCUUAGGUGCCUAAAGUGGACUACUUUGACUUCUCCAAACUUGAACCACUUGAUCAGCGCUGCUUUAUCCAAGCGGCUGAUCUCCUCAUGGCUGACUUCAAAAUGUUGAGUAGCCAGGACAUCAAGUGGGCGCUGCAUGAGCUCAAGGGACACUAUGCAAUCACGCGAAAGGUUCCUUCCCUUCAUUUCUUCUCUCUCUUUUCCCCUACCCCAAACUGCUACAACAAUUUACUUGACUCAGUGUUGGAAGGGAGAUGUACAGCCUGAGCGUACAAGAAGUCAAGCCCCCUGAGGCACCAAGGCAUCAUCAUUAUUAGUAGUAACAACCGCCACCACCACCACCAUCAUCAUUCUACCUGCAUAUUUGUGUAUCCAUCUUGACUCGCUGCCUUUUCCUUCAGGCCUUUUCGGAUGCCAUCAAAAAAUGGCAAGAACUGUCUCCUGAAACCAGUGGGAAGCGGAAAAGGAGGAAGGAAAUGAACCAGUAUUCCUACAUAGACUUCAAAUUUGAGCAAGGUUGGUAGCUGCUGUCUGCGCUGGCUCUCAGUGGCCGCCCAGGCUCCAUUCAAGGUGCUUCUUGCUGCCAUCACUGUGUGUCAAAAGUAAAGGUGUGUGGGAAGAAAUGAGCAGCAGCACCAAGAUGGCUGGGAGAGGAAUCGGGUUGUGCUGAUGCACACCCACUCUGGGGACAACAAGUGGGAAGGAGGGAGGGAGGAGCAGGAGACCAGGAGGCAGCUCUGUCUACUGUGUUCAGGUUGGCUCCAUUUGACUACUAUUUCUCCUUGCUGCUGCUGCCGCCUCUUCCUGCUCCUUCACCCAGGGAGCCUCCCGUCUUGGCAGGCCUGUCAGCCCCCUGCCCCUUUCUGCAGCCCCCCAGCUCCCAUGAAACAGGAGCACUGAGUGCCGGGAAUGUGUCUCUGUUCUUUCGCAAAGGGAUGGCCUUUACCCCUCCGCCUCGGCUGAUGCUCAAGCCAUCUCACAAAAUGGAAAACCUCACGGCAGACGUAAUGAGCACACUUAUGUAAUUUGGUUGGGUUUAUUUCAUUUGCAAACGAACGUGACUUUUGCCUGCCAGGCGCAAGGUUGAAAAGAACUUUCAGAGGACUAAAUCAUUUUUCUUUGUGGAGAUGAUCACAAUAAAAAAGGCAUAUGAAUAGACAAGACUUAAAGAAAGACAUACAAACAGCAGCAGUAGAGCACCCAGAAGCUGUCAACUCAGCAAAAGCUUUGCUAUGUAAAAUAGUCCUUACCUGCUGCUUUAGAGAUAGUGCCAGGUAUAUGUGCUUGGGAGAGCAUUCCACAGUCCGGGUGCCACAACAGAGAAGGCCCUGUCCCUGGUAGCCAGCCACUGACGUUCCUGUGAUGAGGGCCUCUGGUACAUGAUAUCUGCCCACAGUCUCUGAUGAUUGCCUCCAUUCAGAGGACAGCAGUCCUUCAGGUCGGCUGGGCUCUGUGAAUUGUGCUUGGAGGCAGAUUUUAAGCUGCACAUGGAGGAUUGGGAGGUGCCGGUGCACCCAGAAUUCGGGGACAGGUCCUUUCCAUGAAAAGGCACCUCUGAAAUUCCUUGCAAGUCAGAAAAGGCAAAGUGUGCCCCAUCCCUGUGAACUUCCCCUGGGUGGGUUGCAGAAUUAAGCCCCCAGGAGCUUAAUUCCUCUGCUUUUCACAUUAUUGGGUUCAGUGAUCACACCAAUCAACUGCCUGAAAAGAACAUGGCUGGCAGCCUAGUUCAUGGCUCCAUUGGUGUCAUGGAAACCUCUUUUAAUCUUGAGGGUGGCUGGAUUGUGACGUGGUAAUUGCAAGAGUGGGAUGCUGCUUCCACGGUGCCUCUCCUCCUGCUCCUCUCUGUGAUCCUGUGCCUUUGCUCCUCUGCCUGGGGCAGCCCUAUUUUCCAGUCACAGGGAGGGAACGGGGUUGGGAUGAGCCACAGUUGCAUCCUCGUUGGCUGAGGCAAAGUUGUUGGGGUGGUUGUUGUUUUUUUUUAACCAAAAAAUAUUUUUAUGGAGCUGGGGCACAGUUGUUGGAAGAGGCAGAUUCCUGGGCAACUGUGAAUUCUGGUCAUAUCCGCAGCAUGUUGCAACCCGUGUUGUCAGGCCAUGACCAUUUCCCACACCCUGCUGGAGUUUAGUCGGAGGGGAUGAGAUAAGAAACAGAUGAAGGUUGGUUUAUAAGGGGAUGGUGCAUUGCAGAGGGCCCUGUUUUCGUGGGUGGGCCCCUUGCUCUCCUGUUUCCUCCUCAUUAAGGGCCAUUUGUUUCUUUGUUCGGUUUUUCCAAUGGCACUUCAGGCGACAUGAAAAUAGAGAAGCGCAUGUUCUUCUUGGAGAACAAGAGGAGGCACUACAGGAGCUACGACCCAUGCGCUCUCCUCCCAGCCGUGCAGCUGGAGCAGGAGUUCUAUGAGCAGAAGAUCAAGGAAAUGGCAGAGGUGAGCAGUGUGUCCCGUGCAAGGGACUCGGGGCUCUUUUGGCGGCCAAGACACCAAACAGUGUUUCUCAAAUUUGGACACUCUGUUGUUUGUUAGACUACAACUCCCGUCAUCCCUGACCACUGGUCCUGCUAGCUAGGGAUGAUGGGAGUUGUAGUCUGACAAAAGCUGGGGACCCAGGUUUGAGAAACAAUGCUAAGACGAGUUCUUCCUUCUUGGGCACCAACCACUAAUAUUUAGCCUGGGGAUUUGGGCAUGGCGAUGGCCUGGAUGGGGCUCAGUCCAGACAAGACAGAGGUGCUGUGGGUGGGCUGCUCAUCCACAUGGGUGAAUGGUAUUCAGCCUGUCCUGGAGAGGGCUGCUCUCCCUGUGAAGGAUUAGGUUUGAAGUAUGGUAAGUGCCCUCAGGUCCAACAUUUUCAUUCAAAGCUAUAUAGCUUCUGUAAUUUAAAGCAGGCAUCCCCAAACUCAGUCCUCCAGAUGAUUUGGGACUACAAUUCCCAUCAUCCCUGACCAUUGGUCCUGUUAGCUAGGGAUGAUGGGAGUUGUAGUCCCAAAACAUCUGGAGGGCCAAAUUUGGGGAUGCCUGAUUUAAAGCAUCUUUUAUCAGUUUCUGUUAAUAACAUCUGCUGCAGCCUUACUUGUAUGGAAAUAGUACAGCCACAGUUAACCAUGCUCUGGCAAUUUCCCACUUAGACUGCUGCAAUGUGUUGUAUGUAGGGCUGCCUUUAAAACUAACCCGGACACUGUAGUAGGUUUGAAACAGAGCUGCAAGUUAUUGAGUUACGCCCUGGUUGUGCUUCCAACUGGACCUGGGCCCAAUUUUUAAAGUGGUGGAUUUAACCUACAAAGCCAUCAAUAGCUUGGGCUGCCUGAAAUAUCUCCACCUUUUGCAUAUGCCUCCCUGAACCUUAAGGAGGCCCUGUUCCAGGUGCCCCUACCAAGUUGAGUGGGUGGCUGCCAUGGAGAGAGGGCCUUUUUGGUAGUGGCACCUCAGCUAAGGUAUAUCCUCCCCAGAGGGGAUUCUUUAGGAGCUUUCCAGUGCCAGGGGAAUACCUUCCUGUUCACUCAAGCUUUUUGGAAUCGAAGCUACAAAACUAUUUUAUGCUGCCUGUAUGCAAAGAAGCUUCUCCUUGUCGUCUUAUUUUUUAAAAUUAUUGAGUUGCUUCUUAAAUAUUUUGUUGUAAGCUGCCCAGGAGGAGUUUAUUGGUGGACAGCUUUGUAAAUCUAACAAAGAACGUGUUGUGGUGGCCCCAUGCUUCAUCUAGCAAGCAAGCUUGCUGAAUGUGCUCUGGGGGUGCCAGGAGGGUCACCUAACACAAAAGCCACCAGGUGUGGACAACCCUCUUUAAAUGCUCAUGAGAAUACACCUGGGAAUUACCUUGGCUGUGUCUGACACGGAGCCAUCCUUAAUAGUCUCAUCACACUGCUUGAAAAUGGAGAGUAGCCCUGAGAGUCCUCUGAAACUUUUAUCAGGGAUUUCCCAGUGAGAAGGUUCAGUAGUGGUAGUCGUCCCAUCGCAUUAGAAAAUGGUGAGCGGCUCAUCCAUUCUGGAGGUUCUGUGUUCAUAGCCCUGAGUGUGUUUCCUUUUUCUCUUGCCAGCAUGCAGAUUUUCUGCUCGCCCUGCAGGUAAACGAGGAGCAGUAUCAAAAAGUAAGUAGCUCCGUUAACACACACAGACACAGAGAGUAAUGUCAUGCCAAACUUGUACUGUUAAUUUUAGUCCUAUUUAUUAAUUUUAUUUCAUAGAAUUUAUUCACGGCUUGAUUGCAAACCCACCACCCAAAGCAACAACCCAACAACCUCAAAAGCGGUUUGCAAAUACAAAACAGUAAGAUGAAGAAAAAAAUGCAACUCUAUUUUAAAACAUACAAAGUUAAAACACUAAAACAGAAUGAAAUUGCCUUAACUUUCUAAGCAUCCGGGUAGGCUUGUCUAAAAUGAAUGUUUUUAUUAGGCGCCCAAAGGAAUGUGGGGAAGGGGCCUGCUUGAUCUCAAAAGGCAGGGAGUUCCAAAGUGUAGGCACUGCCACUCUUAAGUGAUUGAGUGUCUACCAGACUUUUAGAAGACAUCUGAAGGCAGCCCUGUUUAGGGGAGCUUUUAAUGUUUGAUGCAUUACUGUAUUUUAAUAUUUUGUUGAAAGCCGCCCAGAGUGGCUGGGAAAGCCCAGCCAGAUGGGCGGGGUAUAAAUAAUAAAUUAUUAUUAUUAUUAUUAUUAUUAUUAUUCACUUCUUACAAAGGCAGAAUGGGGAUUACGUGGCCCCUGUUGAAGUGCCACUCCUACCGAUCAAGGCAGCUGAGUUGGGCACAUGCUCACGCAAUCAGAUAUGCCUUUGAGGGGUUUCCCCCAGGGAGAUGCUCUCCAGAUCUUCUAGAUCAUAUGGAAACUGUAGUUCCACACAUGGAAGGUGCCAGGUUGAGGAAGGCUGUCUUGAGAGUGUGGGGCCCUCAGGUGGUACAGGUGCCUGUGUGAAACUGAUGUUUGGCAUCUGGAAUACAUGUCAGUCUGCUUUCUGUGUAACGAUAGUGCUAUGUGCUACAAUUUGAUUUUCAGUUGAGGAAAUCUGCUGAAUCUGACUGCUUGAGUUUUACACUGUGAGAACAGGAUACUGGACUGUAAAAGCCACUGGUCUGACUCAGCAAGCUAUUCUUACAUCAAUCAGCUGUGAGGUUGUAAUUUUCUUAACCUUGUUUUGCUGCACAGAGCUCCUUGAUCCGAUCAGAUUUCAUACCUCAUGUAUAAAGCCUGUGUGCGGCUUUCUCCUAGAAGCAUCUGGGGUGCAAAAUAGUGCCUGAGCUAUUGGUUUGAAGCCAUUGGUAUGUUUCUCAUACCACCAAGCGCAAAGUGCUUUUCCGUGAUGCACUUCCAUGCAGGGGGCGAGUGAGCAGUGCAGCCCGGAGGUGGGCCCGCUUGUGUGUCUUCCCUCCCUUCUUCACAUCAAGACCCAAGCCAUUUGCCUGGCCUGCAGGGUUUUCCAUGCAGGAUCAUAUUAUGGAAAAGUGGCCUUCAUGUGCAGGACGCCAUCAUUGACAGCUUGGAAGUGGCAAUUAACCUUGAGGCAUUGACUUGCAGAAUGGCCAGAUGAUCGUGUGUUGCUGUUGCUACGGGGACUUUGCGUUUGAGGAGCUGACUCAGUGCGCAGAUGGACAUUUGUUUUGCAAGGAGUGCCUAAUCAAGUAUGCUCAGGAAGCAGUCUUUGGCUCUGGCAAGGUAAGGAAAGAGAUCUCCUGGUUGCAUGAAACGGUUGAGAUUUUCAGGCCUUCUGACUUUGUCUUCCUUCAUGUCAUCCACUGCCGGUUUACUCUUGUCUCAUCCCACUCCUGGUUUUCAGCUCUGUCCACAUGACAUUGUUCAUUGCGAGCUGUUUCAACUGCUGCUACUUUUUUUGGUCAAGUGUCUUGUGUUGGUGUGAGUUGGACAGCCCUGGCUGGGUGACAUCCUCCGGCCGAUGAUGAUGCCUGGAGGAUGAAAACAUUUUGUUGUGGCUUAGCAGAAAGUUCCACCGUGAUGCAUGUGCAGCCUCCCAUAAGAAAAUGAUUGCAAAAUAACCGCCUGUCCCAGUUCUAUAUCCUAAAUGUUGCAAAGCAGCUCUGCAUGUUGGAAUGGUGCUGUAUAAACGACUGACAAUUAAACAUUGCUGAACUUCCUGUAAUCUUAGCCUUUCUCUGUCUUUCUCUGGUGCGUAGUCGGAGCUCAGCUGCAUGGAAGGGAGUUGUACGUGCUCAUUUCCAACCAGUGAACUGGAGAAAGUCCUUCCUGAAAACAUCCUGUGUAAAUACUACGAGCGGAAAGCAGAGGAGGAGGUGGCUGCUGCCUGUGCAGAUGAGUUAGUCAGGUGAGUCUAGCUCCUUUUGUCUGAGCCUCCUGGGGCAUUCUGAGGUUCCCAGCCCCCUUUGGCCAAUUCACACAUUACUCACCAGCAGCAGAUGCUAGCUUAGGAUCACGUGCGCACACAGUCCUGGCUCCCUGCUGCAGCCCUGUGGAAAACCAGGUUGAUCCCAUGUCUGCCUCACGGUAAAAGGUGUGUGUGUGUGGUCUAAUCUCCUUUGAAGUUCUGCUGGAAAGGAAACAGAAGAUCAGGAGAGUGAGGGAGACUGGCAGCAGACCUUCGUGGACUAUUCAGCGAGAAGUUAGUACAAAACCCUCAACUCCGCUCUUCCUUGGCCCACAGGUGUCCCUUCUGCAGCUUCCCAGCUCUGCUGGACAAGGAUGUGAAGCGGUUCAGCUGCCCCAACCCUCGAUGCCGGAAGGUAAGAGGUCGAUUUUUUAUUUUGCGAUUGGCUGGCGAUGCAACAAGGCAGGCAGUAUUUGAAGAAACAAGGCUCUGUCCGCUGCUGCCUGGUUCAGCAGUGUAUUGAGUGGGAAGGGGAGCUUGGGAUGGAGUUCCUUGCAGGGGCCUUGUUUCAGGCCACAAGGUCUCUUGCGAGGGGUCUUGGCCAAGAAGAGUGCGUGCCAAGCUGAGCUUUUGAGGUGGCAACAGCUGCCUGAGGAAGCAAACUGUUGGAAGAGGGAUUGGGGGUUCUUGGCGUGGCAGAAGUCCCAAUAACCCAAGGGGCAGCUUCGUGUGCAGUGUCUUCUGUCUAUUUUGCAGAAAUAGCCCUUCAGGUGCUCUUAACUGGUGGGUGCAGUCCGUGUGCUACGCAGUGCACCCUGGCCUCUUCCCACGAGGCUAGAUUUUGAGCCAGCCUGGUGCUGCUCUUGUUUUCUGGCUCAAUGCUGCUUCUCUGCAGAGGCACAGAGUGCCGAGCAGGCAGCAUACUGGACGAUGUGGGUCUGCGUGUGCGGACCUGACUGAUAGCUGCAGCCACUGGCAUAGGAGGAACCCAUCUCAAUGAACAGCAACAGAGAUUUGCUUGAAACCGAGAAAAUAUGAGAAUUGGAAUAUUGGAGGGUGAGAACCACUAGGUGGUGCCAUUGGUCUGUGCAAGGCCAGAGUUAAUCCUAUGUAAGUCUCUCUUUUCCGGUAGCUGGGAUACUCUCCCUAAAAGCGAGACAGAAUCCAUGGGGCUCUGCUGAGCCCGAGACCUUCAGAGCCUUUUGUUUAGAUGCCUGUCACAUUCAGGCAUUACUGCUGCAAGCCUUCAUCCAAGGAGUUCCCCUUGCAGCCCUGGAGAGAGCGCAGUGUGCAAGAGAUCGUCCGUUGAACUCCUAAAUGUAUGGGUGUCUGCUGAGGUCUCUCAGUUCCUGGAAUGCCCCAGGGCUCAUGAUCUUGGGCAUACCUGUUACCACAUGAGGAACUGUAAUUUCAGCAAUGUGGAGUUUCACGUGCAGAGUGGGCUUGGCGGCCUUGCUAGAGAUUCGUUGUGGUGACCACUUUUUCUUUGGCUUACCUGUCUCUCGCAUAGUGUCUGUGUUCUUUAAUUUCUUUGGCCAAAAAGGUGAGGAAAUGGCUGUGAACUAUUGCAAUUACUUUCUUAUUUGGUGUGGAAAAUUCAGUUUCUAAAAAUGCAUUAUGUUACAGAAUUUGUAAUAACGGUUUGCUUUUACAUCCAAAGCUACUGUAAUGAGCGAGGAUUGAAACAUGAUUUUUGGCACAGUUUGGACAUAGCAAACUCGGAUUAAACCGGGAAGUAAAUGCUUCCAAUAUCCUCCUGCCCUGGCAGAGCGGGAGGAAGCAUUGCCUUCUACCAGUUGAUAUUUAGGGCAUCUGAAAAUUAAGUAGGGGGAAGAAAUCCCAUUCAGAAUUCUCCAGAAAACCCACGUGGCUGCUGUGUAGCAUGACCCAUGACAAGAGGACAUGCAGUGGGGGGGGGGUAGUGGGCAGCUGAAAAGCCCUGAUGCAGCAGUGCAAGGCAAGCAAGUCUUUGCAGAAGAAGCUGCCUUUGCAGGGGACUUCCUGGAAGAAGGUGGAGCCAGAGGCUGUCUACCACUCACUCCCCUCUUAGCAAGCGGCAAAAGCCGUGUUGCGGUUACAUCCUGGGUUGUCUACCUGGGGCUCAUGUUGUAUGUCUGAAUGGACCCCUAGAUAUUCAGCCGGGACUUCCAUUACAGUGGUACCUCGGAUUAAGUACUUAAUUCGUUCUGGAGGUCCGUACUUAACCUGAAACUGUUCUUAACGUGAAGCACCACUUUAGCUAAUGGGGCCUCCUGCUGCUGCCGCUGCGCCGCCAGAGCACGAUUUCUGUUCUCAUCCUGAAGCAAAGUUCUUAGCCUGAAACACUAUUUCUGGGUUAGCGGAGUCUGUAACCUGAAGCGUAUGUAACCUGAAGCGUAUGUAACCCGAGGUACCACUGUAUAAUGCUGUUGGUCGCUGGAGUGGGUGGGUGGGGGGAGUGGUGGUUAAAAGCUUCAUUCAUCAAACACCAACAGUCAUGCACAUGCUACUUAAUGUCUCGUGCUGUACGUGGACGUCUUUAGACUCCAAAAGAAUUGCCUCCUGCCGGCUUGCAUUCUUCAAAUGCAUUUACCGUAUUGCAUCAAUAAUAACAGAUCUAAUGACUGGUAGCUGAAUAUUGGAACUCCCCCUCCCUGCUCCUUGGGUAGUAGAUGCUUGCUUGUUUAAUUUUGUCCCUCUCUUCUGCCAAAGAAGAAUCCUGCAGCAGUUUACAGGUCCCAAAGAGAGAGAGAGAGAGAGAGAGAGAGAGAGGAGAGACAAUCCCUGCCAUUAGGCAUGUCACAAAAGGAAAACAGAUUGGGAGGGAGAAGGAAAAUAGAGUACAAGUUCUAAUAACCAGGUGGAGUGGAAAAGUUCAAGGCGAGGUGGCACCAAAAUGUGGUUGGUCUCCUCUCCUCCCCUGCUGCUUGAAGCUGUGCGUGACUGUUUCCAGGAGGGAGGAGCCUGGCUGCUCAGAAGAGCUGGUGGUUGCCAGCCCCACAAAAGGCAAAAAUGCUGUGGCCGUGGGCAGGAGUGGCAAUUGUACCAGUGGUCGCAGCCAUGUCAGAACUUUCUAGGCAGGAGUGGCUCCGUCUGGCACCAGUGGCUUGUGGUUUGAUUUGCGACGUGUUCAAAUCAAAUUCCACCAAGUCCUAUUGUUAAUGGAGGAAUCCGAGGGCUCCCUUGGGCAAAAUCAAAGACACCAACCAGGACAAUUUGGAGCAAAACAGCAGCCAGUAGGCUUGGCCUUUAUUGGAAACUGUCGCGACAGGACUCCCACCCACAACAAGAUGAAGCAAAAUGGAAGCCCAGAACAAAAGAAGACCCCAACGUUUAUUAGUUACUAAUCCCCCAAACUACACCCCUAAGACUACAUCACAACUACAUCACAAAAAGGAGGGGUUGAGGGAGGAGUUGUGGAGGUAACCUGAGUAUCUUGUCACCUGGCUGGUUCCCCCUUUCCCCCCUCCCCAUGUGUACUUUCCAGGUGACAAAGGGGAGUUUGCAGUUUCCUGCCCCCGGAGGGAAGAGCUGAUCACUGUCCUUUGUUCCAGUCUGUGCUGAAUCCACUCCCAUAUGCAAGUUCUUUUGUGACCUUGAUGGUCUUCUGUCUAGGACCAUCAGGGUUGGCAUAGCAACUGGGCAGGGCUCCUGUGUAUGUGCUGGUAUGCUCAAGGGAUUAUGGCUGCCCUGUAUCAAACCUUCCCCAUUUUGUAGUCCUUCCUUCAUGGAGUAAAAUAAAAGUGGAACAGUGCAGAUCCGAUGUAUGGUUGAUUUUCUAUGAAUUUAUAACAGAAGCGUAGCAUAUGUAGUGUGUGAGUGAGUGAGUGUGUGUGUGUGUGUCUCAAGUUUGUACAAACUGAGUGAUUUGGGGGGGGGGUGUUUCCUGCAACACUAUCAGCCACGGUUGUUAAAUAGAACCUUCUCUGAGGUUCUGAUAAGCCUGAGGACUGGAAAGUGGAUGAUACAACACCAAUUUUUUGAAAUGGGAUCAAGAGAGGAUUGGAAAUCGCAGGCCUAUAGGCUUAAAUGCCUAUUUCAGGAAAACAGGAAGGCUCCAAUAUCUGGGAUUUCUUAGAUUAGCGAAGAGUUGGCAUGAUAAAACGAUGCCUGGUGUGGAGAAAGGGGAUAGAGAAAAGUUUUUCUCCCUCUCUGCUAACACUAGAACUCGUGGACAUCCUUGGAAGAGUCAGGACAAACAAAAGGAAGGACUUCUUCAUGCAGCACAUUGUUAAACUGUGGAACUCUCUCCCACAGGAGACAGGGAUGGCCACCAACUUGGAUGGCUUUAAAAGAGUCAAAUUCACGGAAGAGGAGACGGCUAUCGAUGGCUACUAGCCACAAUGGCUUUUCUCUGCCUCCAUGGGAGAAGGCAGUUUUACUUCUGAGUACCACUUGCUGGAAAGUGCAGGAAGGGCUCCUGCUUGGCUCCUGCUUUGCAAAAUGCUAGACUAGAAGGGCCAUGGGCCUGAUCCAGCAGGGCUCGCCCUGUGUUCUUACUCUCUUAAGUCAGUUGCCUUCGUGCCUUACGUAUUUGCCAGAAAGAAAGAGCGCCUUCUGGUUGUCCACUCUUCAAAGCUGAAGUCAGAACUUGGCUUUCAAGGGAAUUUCUAGAUACUGUUUUUCUCCCCACCCACUUCCUUGCUUGACAGCUGCAACCCUCUUCCAACCCCCUGGUAAAUUUAGAAGCCGUUUAACCUCUUAGUUCUCGCCCCCUAUGGAUGCUGGCGGUUAAGCAGCUUGGCUACCGCCCCCGCCAUUUGCUGCCCCAGAUGAUUGGCUUGGACACAGGGCACACACACGCCUGCUUGUUUCUUAAGCAGGCGGCGUAACUUGCUGACGGUGGCGGUUUCUUUGCCAGGAUUGUCUAUCCCCUUGCAUAUUAUGGGCAGAGGCAGCUGUCUGCUCUCCUUUGCAGUCUCAGCACAGGACGCUGCAGCGAUUCCAGCGAGCUGGAUGGUCGGGAGGUGAAAGAUCCUGUUGCCAUGGUAACAACCCAUCCUUGAAGGAGUGCACAGCAUCCCUUUGGGUGCACGGGGAACAGAGGCAGGUCAGAAGGGUGAGCGGCUUGGCUGCCUGCUUCUGCCAGCUCCCUUUUAGGCAGCCGAGCGCAAUGAGCUCUCCUUUCCUGUUGGCCCCUUAACCAGAACAGAGAUCCUCAGAGAUUAAUACUUUCCCUGUUUUCAUCUCUGAAAUCUUGAUGCUAUUUCCACCUACCUGCACAAUCUCUCUCCCACUCUCAAUCCUGCCUCCUUGCAUUCCCUCUAUAUGAACCAAAAUAAAAAAUGAGCGGGGGGAAUAGACAUUCUACAUACAAUCACCUAGGUGGGUGGUAGAUGCUUCCUAAGAGGUGGAGAAACACUUCUCUGCUCCUCCACAGUGUCAUCAUGCCAGCCUCUAAGCUGCACGGCUUCUCAGGAUGCGAGUGUUGGAAGGGACCUCUAGCCCAAUCCCUUGUCAUUGCAAGAAAUCGGCUGCGCUAGGCACUCCGGCGGGUGACCACCCAGCUUCUGUUGAGAAACCUCUGGACGAAAGGUCCUUCCACCCCCUGCUUCUUAGGCACGCCUUCCCAAGGCUGAUUAGCUCAUGCCAUCAGGAAGCUCUUCCUAAAGUUUCUCAAAACCCCGUUAUUGCCAUUUGAACCAGUUGUUUCGGGCCCUUCCCGUCCAUUCGGAGCAACAAGGAACGAGUGCCAUGUUUGUGCCUCUUCUGCUCCCUCUGCUUUCUGAUGCUUGUGAUGCCGCAGUUGUGUCCUGCCAGGAAGGGAGUCUGAAUGUCCUCCUUGCUUAGAAUAGGCAGGCUGGACACUUGUUGGGGAUGAUGGGAGUUGGGGUGCCCAGCAGCCCCCCAGUUCUCCAUUUCAGUAAAAGAAAAGAUGGCUGGUAUCAUCCAUGAUUGAUUUGCUUGAGAGGUUUCUAUGUUAACUGUCAUGGACUGGUUGGAUGCAGAAAAGUGAUGGGAGGCACCAGCUGGGGAACCCCCAAGAGAACCUCAGAGCCUGGGGGUGGUGGUGGUGGGAUGAACGGGGCCUUCUCUGCAGUGACUCCCUGUCUGUGAAAUGCUCUCCCAAGGGAAGUUCGCCUGGCACCUUCGUUAUACACCUUUAGGCGCCAGGCGAAGAUGUUCCACUUUAACCAGGCCUUUGCUUAACCAAUCAACAUCCUAUACCCUUUAAAAGGUGGCUCUUUUUGGGUUGUGUGUGUAUUGGAUUAUUUUAAUUUUUGUUGUUGUGAUUUUUACUGUGAACCGCCCUGAGACCUCUGGGUAUAGGGCGGUAGAGUGGUACCUCCGGUUACGAACUCUUCUGGUUACGAACGCUUUGGGUAGGGACUCGUCUAACCCGGAAGUAGCAGCUCCUGGUUGCAAACUUUGCCCCAGGACGCGAAUGGAAAUUGCACGCCAGAGGCCCCAUUAGCGAAAGUGUGCCUCAAGAUAAGAACGGUUUCAGCUUAAGAACGGACCUCUGGAAUGAAUUAAGUUCGUAAUCAGAGGUACCACUGUAUAUAAAUUCAGUAAAUGAAAUGAUGAUGUUGAGUGGCCAGAGGGAGAAGAGGGAGCAGACUGGGAGAAGGAGGUGUCGGAAGCUGAAGAGGCAGCAGGGCUUAGUGAGCUGGGAGAGGCUGGGGCAGAGAGAAGUCCAGAAUCAAAGACAGAAGCAGAAGGGCUGAGGCAGAGAUGAGACAGGUUGCUGAAGAAGCCAGGGAGAUCUCCCUACUGCUACUACCUGCUCCCUCCAUCCCCCAGUCUCCCAGAACCAGAAGAGGUCUGAAAAGGGAGAAGCAAUGAGAGACAAGAUGACAGAGCCUUAGGCUGCUGGGGGAGAAGUCUUAGGGAGCAGUGGGAAGUCCUCGCAUUGGUUGCUAUGAUCACUAGGCCUGCACUGUUUUGUUUCUUUGAAUAAAGGGUUAACAUCACUGGCACUGGGUGCUUUGUUUUAUUGCUGACCUAGGCUUGACUCCAGCUCCUGACCAGGGCUCAAGGUGGCCACAGCGCUGAAAGCAGAAAGCAGCUGCCCUUCCAGCUGUAAAUGUCUGAAUUGUCUCUGUAAAUGAUAACGUUACUGAAACACGCAGAGCCCCUGGGAGGAGCAACUCGCAGCCAGAAUUCUCAGAUUAACGGCUCACAAAGGGAAAAGCUUGGCAGGACAGCGUGACCUUCGCUUGCUGCCCGGAAGCAUGAGCGCAUGAAGCUGCCUCUUGCUCAGUCGGGCUGGGGGUCCGCCUCCCUUGGGGUCUCCGGCGGGCCUUUCAGCAAGAUCCUCCUGCCCCAUGUUCCUUGUAGCUGGGAAGAUGCCAGGGAACUGAACCCGGGGCCAUCUCUGGGCAAAUUGCCCGCUCUGCCCCUGACCUGGGGCUGCUGCCCAGCUCCCUGAGAUAGACACCUACAUACUGUAGCAGAUAACUGGCAUGGAGCAAAGGGCAAAGCAAAACACCACUUUGGAGAUGUCCUCAAGGGUGGAUAUUUCUCUCUCUUUCUUCUAACAAGGGCAGGCCAGCCCGUGUGACAGCCUCUGCUACCCUUCAGAGGUUUUGUCCUGCAGUUCCCAUGAGUUGGCAUUGAUGGGAGCUGUAUUCCAGAACAGCGGGAGGUUAGUGAAGGCAGCAGUGGAGUCUCAAACAGGGCUGGCCCAUACCUUCCUGUCAGCAGUCUUUUUAAAAAAAAAUAUAUAUAUUUUUAUUAAUUUUUGCAUAACAUAUUUAAAUUCAAACACGUCAUUCACCUCCUCAUUUAGGAUUCUAUGAAUCCCUUGACUUCCCUCCGCCCUUCCAUGGUUAUCAUUGUCAUUCUUUUUUUUUUCAUCUGCUUAUCUUAUUUUCUCUUAAUUCAUUAAAAAUAAUAGUCCAUUUCCCCAUAGUUUUUCGUACAUUACAAGCAUUACUCAGCGGUCUUCCUUGGCCAGAUCAUCCCCUCCCAGUUCUGAGCACAGGGACCAUUGCUCAAUACCCGUUUUGCAAUUCCCCUCUUCCUCCCAUGGCCUUAGAGGCAUCUGCCCAUUCUUGCUCUCCACUUCCCCUCCUGCUUUCUGGCGACACAUUUAUGAACACCCUCCCCCCCGGUCCGGCUUGCCCUCUUCCCCGAAAGCCUUGCUGAUGGGGCAAGAAUGGACAUGCUCUGUCGCCAGCUGAUUUCCAGUAAGAGCUGUGUGUUGUUCAUGGCGCUUGGCUGCCGCUUGCAUUCUGGCCAUCCUCCGGGGGUGAGGAGUCCGGUAGACCCUUGACGUUGCCUUCAUUUCCUCCUUCAUGGCUCUGUGCAGCUUCGCAUGCAGGCCUGGUCCAUGACAUUUCCCCGUCUCUGGCUUUUCGGAGGAAAAUGAACAUCCUGAGGUUGGGAGGGGGGAAGUUGUUCUGACAAGCAGGUGGACUUCUCUUCAGUGGCACCUAGCAGGGACCCCCAGGAGAGUCUCUUGGGUCUGUCCGCAGACCCUUUCGCUGGGGGGAAGAGGACAAGUUCUUCCUGCAGUGCAUCAGGGUCCCUGGAUGCCCUGCCUUGUUUUCCCUUCUUGCAUGGGCAUGUAGGCAGCCAUUUGGGUUGUGUGUGUGCAUGUGUGUGUGUGUGUGUGUGUGCUGAUGCUGCCCCCAGCCUAACAAACGGGGUGAAGUCGGAGGCUGUAAUGCUUCUGAACGCCAGGAGAGGAGAGUUCUCUUGCACUCUGGUCCUCCUUGUGGGUUUUCCCAUUGAGGCGUCUGCUUGGCCGGGAGGGACACUGAGCCGAUCCAGCAGGAGCAGGCUUUUCUCUCCCCCUUUUCUGCGUCCCUUACGGCAGCCCAUUCAUCUUGUUCUAAAGAGCUCAAUGGAAACCAUUUGCAGAUAGCUGCUCCCUCGAUUCUCUCCCUUGGUCACACGAGAGUGUGACACAGCCUUGGGGCGGGGGCAGGGCUGUGGGCAUCACGCCGGCAGCAUUGGAAAUGGGCUUCAAUCCAUGUGCUGCUUGCGGUGUUUAUUCAGCUCCCGCCAGUAGCUUACUAGGCAUUUUCAGAUGCAAGCCAGGGGUGUCCAGCGUGCAAUGCCUCCUCUCUCUUCUGCCCCCUCUGACUUCCUUCCUCUUUCAACGCCUAAGUGGUGGUCGCCCUUCUGAAUCGGGUAGCGAGGAACAUGCUCCAUUGACUCCUUGCCAAAACCACAACAAAUGGCAAGUUUCCGCUGCCGUGUCUCUUUGCUCUUGCUGCUGCUGCUGCUGCUGCUGUUGCUGCUGCUGUGUAGGCAGUUUUCAUUUUUCUACCAUAAAAGGGCAGUGAAAACUCAGCUGCUGCUGCCUCGGUAUUUUUCAGCAUGGCGGGUGAGGAAACGAAGGCAGAGAGGAGACUGGGCAGAGGGGGGCAACUGUGCCGCUGGGGCUGGUGCAGGCCUGUGCCCCUCUGCACGUGGCUUGCCAAGGAUGGCAUGAGAGGAGUGCUGAGCUUCUCCGGAGAGACGCUGCAUUGAAAUCCGUGGGUUUCCUGAAGCAGGGAAAGUCCCAGGCCUGCCCCAAGGAAAUGGGUUCUGCAGGCAGGAUAACCCUGGCAAAUGAGGUGCAGUUCCUGUUUGGGUAGCAGAGCUUGUUCUGCUUCUAAGAUCCGGGUUUCAAAGAGUAUGGAGGAGGAAAGGGUGGGAAGAGGCAGAUGGGCACCAGGUUCAGUUUUUGAGGACUCGGUGUUAAGCCCCUGGAAGACCUGUGGAGCUCCCCUCCGACUUCUGAAGGCAUCUUAACGUUUCCCAUACGUGCAGAGUUGGUGAGCAUAGCGCCCAGGUCUACAGGAAGUCCCAAGUUUGCUUCUGGCCUUUGCUAUGAACUCAUUAUGUAGUCCUAGGCAAGCCACAUUCUCCCGCUCUGCUUCAGGCCACCCCCAUAAGCGGUGAUGAUACUUCUCUGCCUUGCAAGGUUGUCAGGCAGUGAGCAGUGGUUGUUUGCUGUGCCUGCGGAAAACGCGGUCCCCUAAAACCGGGUUUCCUCUCUGAAAUGUGUCUCUUGGGUUCAUCUUGUGGCUCCUGUCAGCUUCUGGGGAACCAGAUCAAUCCCGUCCGCAGGGAAUUGGAGGUGCUGAAUCAGCACAAAGGAGUUCAUGAAGUGGGAGGGGAAGUGUUUGUAGAGGGAGACCUUCACUGAGUGUUUUGCGAGUGGAAGGCUUGAGUUGAAAGGCAGGCUCUCUCACCCUUCACCGGCUUCCAAGAACUGAGCUACCUGCUCAGAGCAAUUACCUGGUGCCACCUUCCUUGGAAUCCACUCCUUUCUAGCCCAAACGCGGUGACUGAACGCUUCACUUAAAGGAGCGUUUAAUGAUGCUCUUCCCUCCUUUCCCCCCUGCAUCCCAUUCCGCUUCCUUCUGAUAUGGUACAGUCUCUGCAGGCUGCAUCAUGCCGUUCUCCUCUUCCGACUCACUUUAAGGACAAGGAAAAGGUCUGUUUGGAUUCUCCCACAAUGCUUUUGAAUCCAGGUUGCAUUGGAAGCCCAGAAAUGUUUGAUAAAUGGGCUCCUUCCAAAAUGUGCAGUAAUAAAGUAAAACAGAUUUGGGAACUGGCUUCUCUGCAAAAAGGCAGAUGUCUCCUUUGACUCUUGUCUUUUUUCCUCUCUCCUCGCCCCCCCCCCCGCCCCCAAUUAUCUGUGGGUCUUUGUUUACCCACAGCUUCCAAAAGCAGGAAUUCUCAAACCACUGGUGUAAAAAUAGACGAUGCAAGUUUGGGAAUCCAGCUCCCUGUUCUCUCCCCCCCCCCCUCCUGGCCUUGUGCCCCUGCCAUAUAUAGCCAUACCCUUCAGUCAGAAGAUGCUGCUGCGUUAUGCCUGUCAGCUUGGAAAUAUAUCCAUAAGAGGCCAUGUCUGUCUUUCCAGCUUGAACCCCCCCCCCCAGGCAAGUUAGAACAGAAAUCGGGCGGAAAUUCUUUUGUUGCAGUCUAAUCAGUCAGAGGCUGUGAAUGGAGUGGGGGUGGGGGUGGAUGUGGGUGAGUGGGAGGGGAGGGUAAUGCUUUGGCCCCACCUAUGGCCCGUCUAGGCUGCCCUUGACGUACAGGUCCCCCACCCCUGGUCACAAGGCCUCUGUUCAUCAUGAGGCUUUGGGUUUACAUAAAACCAGAUUCCCAGAUGGGGGGGGUGUUGGAAAGAGGUGGGCUUCUCAAGUCUGACCCUUUCCAACCUCUCUAGCCUUUUUAUUGGCUGGGCAAUGGGUUAAGUGUUGGGGUCUGGCUUUUGAGACUACCUUCUGCAAUGCCCCAGAUUGCUGUUGGCUGGAAGAUGCGCUCAGUCUGUUGGAUGCAGGGAAAGCUGCUUAGUUCCAUCUCUUCUAUAGCGGCUGGAACGUGCCUUUUCGGUUGAGAUUCCUGCAUUGCAGGGGGCUGGACUAGAUGACUCUUGGCGUCCCUUCCAACUCUACAGCUUCUUAUUCUAUGUUCCAGCUCGUUGACAGGUGCUCCAUUUCCUCAUGGCCUGCCAUGCUAGUCUGUACAAUCUGUGUUUGAGCAGAGCAACAGGCAUGUUGAGCCCAACCUGCGGCCUAGAGAUUUAUUCCAGAGCAGAGUGGGAGCAUCUGCAGAGUCGCCAGCAACCGCUCUGCUCUGGCUCCUGUAUUACCUAGGGCAGAGGCAUGGUCUCCCCAUGACCCUCCAGGUGUCUCUGGACAACAACUCCCACCUUCCCUGUCUUUGGCCAGGGCGGUUGGGGUCCAGCAUCUGGUGGCCCAGGCUUGACCUAGAGCAAAGCCAUUUCCGUUGGGGGCAGGAAGUUAGCAGACCUUCCACAGGAAGUUCCACAGACUUCGUGGAAUGGGCAGCUUAGGUUGUGAUGGCUUGAUAGCCAGACAGCAGUCCUUCUGGUCCCCGAUCCUGCUUCCCUCUGUGGCCCUCCACAUGCUUCUGGGAAACCCACAAGGAAGACAUGAGGGUCAGGGCCACGCCACAUGCACAUCACACAGAGGCAGAGCAAGUUCACCACAAUCUGCCUGGCAAGGAGCUCCAAGCUAUUUGCCGCGCCCUCAACGGACAUAUCUUGCAUGGCACGAGUGUUUUGGCACACACUUUGUCUACACCUAGAAACCUAACGUGUGAAGCAGCUGGGAGAGUGCCUCUGUGUCUGCCUUUGGGGUAGUGCUUUGGGACGCUUGGCCUUGUAUGUGCAGCCUCAAAGCAGCGCUGGUCAGAGGCUAAGUGCAGGCCACUGUGUCUGAUGUCCAUCUUGGAGCCUUUUGGAGUUUGUUUCCUAAUUUGGUCACAUCAUGAGCCAGGCGAUCUUGCCUAACCUCUUCCUUUAGGGCAGCGGGUGGGUGUGUUUGAGCAGGGAGGAGAAAGCCUCCCUUUAACAUUGUGGAGGACAAGAGGAAAUGUUACUCAUGGGAGAGGACCUCAAGGUUCGGUCUUGUUCUGAGUGGAAUUAACUCUUAGGAGGUGCUUUUUGCAACUCAAAGCCAUCUUCAUGCUCAGCACCCCCCCCCCCAGUUCUGCAAAAAACACAGCAGUUGCCUGGGGACAGGGGGUGGGGAUGCAGCUGGACCAAUUCUGGAGGUCAGAGGAGCUUUUCAGCAGCCAGAGUGUAGUGGGUAAGACUCACUGUAGGUAGGUAAAUUGGUUCAGAUUUAGCUUAUACUAGUAGGAAGACAUUCAGUGUUCAUUUGAAGAGCAUUUGGAACUCUAAAAUUGGAUGGUUGACUGGAGCUUGCCCCACAAAGCACACAGCACAUCAGUUGAACUGCACCUGCCUCCAUUUCAUUUCCAGGAACCAGGUAAAAGCCUUGACUUUGACCUUUUAAAAGUCUGAAUAGUUGAGUCAGGGCCUUGGCUUAUUAGGGAGCAAGAUGGUUUCAGGCAAGUCACUCACCUGCUGUUUAAUAAAUCAUUCGACUAUUUCUACAUAGGCAGCAGGAAGAUUUACCGGUAGUUGCCUAGACUAUUACUUCAGAAUACAGGCUGGGGACCCUAUUAGUAAUAACUUUUCAAAUUAUUUAUUUUUUAAACCACAAAACUGCAAGUAGAAAGCUAGCACGACAGAGAGAGGGGUGGGCUAGAGACAUUCUCCAAACUCUGCUAAAUUUCAGCAUGUGCCUUCCUUCAGAUUGUCCCUCCCAGGGAAGCACCAAAAUCCGUGCCCAUUAGACUCCCCCCCCCCCCCCGCAGCAGUCUGCCCAUGGCAGCUUUUAACCUUGAAGCCCCUCCGCCCCCCAACCUUGCUAGUCAUUCAAGCCAAGACAGCUAUUGCAUUAUUAAUGGAGUUGUAGCCGUCUGGCUGUAAUGCUGACUUUUCAGAUUUGCUGUUUGUGAUCGGAGGACGGAUCAGCCAAGCUGGGGGAGCAAUGCUGCUGGAAUCAGCUGCUGAGCCCGGAUGGAAGCACAGUGGGAAUGUGGAACUAGAGCACCCAAAGGGGCUUUUGGGAGCAGCUUAUAUUUGCUGCUUGAAAUCAAUGCUGCCUCGGCUCAUGCGUCUACUUUUAAUGUGUGUUUGCAGUAUUUAUUAUUAUUUAUUAAAAAUUAUAUACCGCUCUAUACCCACCGGUCUCAGGGCAGUUCACAAGAUAAAAACACAAAAUACAUAAUCAAACUAUAAACAGAAACACCCCCCAACCAAAUAAAAACAAAUAAAAAACACAAUUAAAAAUGAAUUUUUCAAUUGAAUGUAAACAGGACUCUCUUCUGGGCAGCAGCAGUCCCUUUGAGGUGUAUCUGACCUCCACCCUAGGCCUGGUGGAGAGAGGCAGGAGCAGGACCCUCAGACUCUCAGCAGGUAUUCCUUCCUUGCAGGACAGCAGCCAUCCUUCGGUAGUCUGCCAAGCCCUGCCGGAGACUUGGUGGACUAGGGCUGGGACUCCUAUUUCCUUGGCCGAGCGCUUGCCUUCCUACGCAGAAGUUCCCAGGUUCGAUUCCUGGCAGCUCCGCUUAAAAGGGAUCGGGACCUGGGACCCUGGAGUCAGAGCAGGCAGAACUGGUCUAAAUGGCCAGAGAGUCAGGCCUUUUACGAGGCGGCGUCCUCCACAUGCCCUGUGGCGCCAGCCCUUUUGGGGCAGGCCUGCUCAAAGUCGUUCAGCGUGUGAGCAUGGCCAUUCUUGUGCGCUGUGCAGCCCACUCUUCUUGCUCUCUCUCUCUUUCCCUCUUUGGGGAGGGCCAUGUUAGCAUUUGGGGAGUGUGAGCUGGCUUCAGGGUUCUGCAAUGCAAACGUCUGCUUAUUUGUAGCGGCAUUUACGUGCUGCCCCCUCAUAAGAUGUGAAAAGGAGGUUCUGACUAAACAUCAGGAAGAGCUUUCUGACAGUAAGAGCUGUUUGACUCUCGUGAGAGGUGGCAGACUCUCCUUCCUUAGAGGUUUCUAAGCAGAGUUUGGAUGGCUGUCUGUCAGCGAUGAGUACCGUAUUUUUCGUUCUAUAGGACGCACAUUUUCCCCUCCAAAAAUUAAGGGGAAAUGUGUGUGCGUCCUAUAGAGCGAAUGCAGGCUGCGCUGCUAAGCCCAAAGCCAGAACAGGAAGACGGAGCACUGCGGAGCACUCCGUCUCACUGUUCUAGUUUGGGGACGGCUGCGCGCAAACCUCUGCAGGGCAGCGGGGCGCCGCGCUCCAAAGGCUUCAGGGAUCUUUGAGGCUGGCGGUGGGGGAAAGCAGCGCUUCCCCCCACCGCCAGCCCCACAAGCUCUGGUGAAUGUACCUUGAACGCACCUUGUUUUAGAGGGGGAGAACAAGAAAAAACUUUUUUUCCCUGUUCUCCCCCUCCUAUGGUCUGGUGCGUCCUAUGGUCCGGUGCGUCCAAUGGAGCGAAAAAUACGGUAUGUCUUCCGUAUGUUCAAAUUGUCCUUAGAGAGGAAUAUUUGGUCUCUUGAUCUGAGACACUGGAGUGGAUGACAGUUGCCUUAUACAAACAGUAGUAUGGAUAGUUCAGUUGGGGGAACACGGGGCUGAUAACGCCAAGACUGCAGGUUCAGUCCCUGUAUGGGGCAGCUGCACACUCCUGCCUUGCAGGGGGCUGGACUGCGUGAUCCUCAGGGUCCCUCCCAACUCUGCAAUUCUAUGAUUCCAUGAAAACGUCAACAAUGGAAUACUUAGGGAAGCUGCUCAGCGGUGGUUCAUGUGUUUUCGUGUGCAGAAGGUGCUGGGUUCACUUCCUGGCGUCUCUUGAGUACAGCUGGGAAGUUCUCCUGUUUGAGGCAGAGUUGCAGGAGACAGGAUUGGCCCCACUGUGCCGUGGGCAUUUGAGUGGGAAGUGGAGGAGUCUGGGCUGGGGGUGUGCAUUGCACCAGAGGAACAUUGGGAACUCUGAAUAAAAUUGGUUGUUUCUAGGGCAGCCUGAUCAAAGGAAUGUCCUUUGACUAUUAAAAUCACGGAAAUAUAUUGCGCAGCAGGUGGCGGUAUGCUUUCGGCGCUUCCUGAGAGGGCCCGGAAGACCCCUGUACAGCGGACGCUUGGGUUGCGAACGUGAUCCGUGCAGGAUGUACGUUUGCAACCCGCAGCGUUCGCAACCUGCAGUGGCGCGUCUGCGCUCACGCUGGUUGCAAUUCGGCGCUUCUGUGCAUGCGCGACUGCUGAAACCUGGAAGUAACCCGGUACUUCCGGGUUUCGGCGGUCUGCAACCCGAAAAAAACGCAACCUGAAGCGUCUGUAACCUGAGAUAUGACAGUAUGACCCUCAGCUCCCAGAAAGGGAGUGGGACUGAGGGACUUUUACCAUGUUUGAAAAGGGCCUCGCAGCUCCGCUGAUCCCUUUCUACUCCUGAACCACCAGAGGGCAGCUGCAGCUGGGAACAUUCGUCUCAAUGCAGCUGUGUUAAAACUACCUCUGGGAGGGAUAGCUUCCAAGUUUAAGAGAGCUUUGAAGACUUUAUGUUCUUAAUUAAAUCUAUGCUUAGAUAACGCACUAGUUGCUUCAUGGCAUAAUGCACAAAUUGUAAAUUAUUUUAAAGAUCCUUUUAGCUUUUGGUGUUUAGAGUGCACUGGAUUUUAAUUUAAGAAAUCCGAAACAAUUGCUCUGUAGCUUCAUUGGGGGGGGGGGGGCAACCACAGUUGUGUGUUCCUGCUUUCUCUUAACAGUGUGUGUCAGUUUUUGUGGUAUUGAGGUUCUUCGUUCCUGCCUGGCUCUUGUGCGGGGAGAAUCUUUAAUGUGGAAGCGAAGCAACCACAGCUGAAAGGCAGACAGUUGUCUGACACAAUGAGGGUUGGGGUAUUGGGUUGUCGUUUGAGUUAAACCUUUGCAUGGAGGCAGGAACCUUCUGUGCUGCUGCUGCUGCUGCUGCUGCUGUUGGUUGCCCACCCUUCACGCUAAGUUCCUAGGGUGGGUUACAACAAUUAAAACGCAACAUUAAUGUUAAAACACAGCAUUGCACUAUAUUCAAAACAGUUUAGCGCCACUUAAAAAUACAAAAUUAAGGUGAGUCCUAAAAAUGGAAAGGAGAGGCCUGGAGGGUGGCAGCACAGGAAUGAGGCCUUUUCUGUGGUGGCUCCCUGCUUGUGCAAUGCUCUCCCCAGGGAGGCUUGCCUGGCGUAUUCCUCAGAUAUCUUUAGGCGCUAGAGGAAAAUGUUCCUCUUCUCUUGGGUCUUUGGCUGAUUAAGCAAUCAGUGACCUUUUAAACUGUGUAGGGAUUAUUGUUCUGUUUGUUAUUAUGUGAUGUCUUUGUGUGUUUUUAUACUGUGAACUGCCCUGUGAUCCUUGGAUGAAGGGCAGUAUAUAAAUUAGAUAGAUAGAUAGAUAGAUAGAUAGAUAGAUAGAUAGACAUAUUAAAUUCGAAAGCCAGGAUGAACAGGUGUCUCUAGAGUGUUCUGCCACUCAGCCUUCAGCAAGAGAAUAGACACUACAGUUAAUUACAUUUUUAAAAGAAGAUGUCAUUGUUUCACAAUAAGUUAAGUACUUUGAUGCCUAUGUUAAAAUACAAAACCAAAGUGUCUUCUAUUUUAGUACCUAUUUGCCUCACCCUGGCUGUUUUGACCCUGUAGAGGUCCAAGGUAGCUACUAGUCCACACGCGAAAAGUUGCGUGCCUCUCUGCUCAUAUAUGGCCCUAGGUUGUGACACAGCGAUGUCUUCAGAGGAAACCCCAGCUCUCUCCAAGCAGACUGUUGUUGCUCCCUGACAACGGGCAUGAAGAGGCUGGGGCCUCUGACCCUGGAACACCAUCGUGCCCAGUAGCCUUGGAUCAAUGUUGCUCCCAUGCAUUUGUCUCACCCCCUUUUAAAGCCUACCAACACUUAGUGGCCGAGUCCUAAGAAGAGCUUGGCUCGUGGAGGAGGAGACCAAAGGCCUUUCCGUCCAACGCACCCUUUCCCAUGGUGGCCUCAGGGCAUGAGCCCUUUCCUCCUCCUCCUGCUCCUCCUGCUGCUAUUCCCAGCAUGCUCCUUCUGCUCCAAAAGGGAGCAUGUAGCCAUAACGACUAGCAGCCACUGACAGCCUCCUCUCCGAUGGAAUUUCCCCGAUGGUUCUUUAGAAGCUUCCUGUGGCCACCAGCAGGCCCUUGUCUGAGUCCACAGCUCCUCCUGCAAGGAAGAGCCUCCCAGGGAGAGUGGAGAUGUUUUGCACGCAGAGAAUCUCUGGUUCAGUUUGUUCACUCACUGCUGGGACUGUGUACAGUAGCACCUCCAGCUACAUAACCCCUUGUAAACUUCGGGAUGCGAAAACGGCAAACCCAGAAGUAUUUUACCGGGUUUUGCUGCGCGUGCAUGAGCAGAAGCAGUCCUCAGGUUGCGGAAACCUCGGGAUCCGACCGGACAUCCAGAACGGAUCCUGUCCGCAACCGGAGGUACCACUGUAUUUAGAACAUGCCUAUGUACAUACUCCCCCUGAAUAUGUGGUACCUUUUGUGUUACGUUUCAGUCGUUGCAAGUGGCUUGUUGAGUCGCUGUUAACCAAGAAGUCCUUGCUCAGAUAGGAAGUUGCUUGUAUUGCCCCUGUGCCCUCCCCCCUAGCUGCAUAGUCCCACAGCGAUGUCUGGGCCCCACCACGCGGCCUUUCUAGCAAUGUGCAUGGCUGAGACGGCUCCCAACCCCUGCGAUGCGUGAGGGAGCCAAGGGUGGUGCUGAGGCCCGUAGCUGUUUCUCCACCCCACCCACCCCCCGCUUGGACGGAGCAGACGUUUCCAAGAGGGGAGCAUUAAUGGAAUGCGUCUGCCUGGCCAAGCGCAAGCAUGGCUGCAGUUUUUCAGAAUGAAGUCAGACGCACUCGAAAGCGGAUGGGAGUUUAAUACUGGACAUGCCUUUUGAAUGCCAAGAAGUCAGCUGAGAAGACGGCACUGAAUGGGGAGCGCAGGCGUGCCGGCUCUGAGCCAGAGCCAAAGCACCAAAGGGGCGAGCUGUGGGGCUGCACAUCCGCCAUUUGUUUCACGAUGUAUUUGCUGAGGCAAGAGUGAGAGCAGAAUAGCCUCUUCACAUGUGUGCCGCAUUAAUUUCCAGGCCAUCUAGAUAUAGCCAAGCGAAUUCAACGUUCUUUGUUUUUGUUUUAACCUCGUAAGUACAUAACACUCUUCCUACGAUUACCCCCGCACACACUUUCUUCCUCCAUGGGGCAGCAGUCCUAAUUAUGUUCUCAAACCCCUUUCAUUUUAUCCUCCCAACAACCCUGCGAGGUAGCUUAGGCCGAGGGAGCAAGAGCCAGCGCACAGCUGACCUGCACAGAUGGCAAGCACUUAAGUCCUUGUUAGGGAAGAAGGCAGGAUAUAUAUAUUCGUCCUAAUAUAUUUGUUCUCCAGGGGAGAAGACUCUGAACAAAUCCUCUCAGGUGCUGUUCUCAGGGUUUGGGCAGGUUUAUUCAGGAAAAGGCAGCCCUUGAGGUACUGAGGUCCCGAUCCAUGCAAGGUGCCAGAAGGUCAAAACCAAUCCUUUGAAAUGGGCUUGGAGACAAAUUUGCAGCCAGUGGAGCUGGGCCAAAACUGUAGUCAGAUGUUCAGACCUCCUGGUCCCAGGCAGUACACCGACCACUACAUUCUGGGCCAGCUGGGUUUUCCAAACAGUCUUCAAAGGCAGCCCAGGGUAUGUUGCAUUGCAGUAGUCAAACCUAGACAUCGCCAGCGCAGGAUUGAGGAACCACCCACCGCCAGGCUGUCUGUCGUAUCUGGACUGAGCUUCAGUUUGUUGGCCCUCCUCCAGAUUGUUGCUAAGGCCAGGCGCCUGGUUUUGCGCAUCCCCCACAUUCAAACCAUGUGCCCUUCCCGUGACUUGGCUAUGGCCAGCGUAUGUGUGACUGUGAACUUAGCAGAGCCUUCCUUCUUGCAUGUGUUAGCAUUUUCCAAGCACAAAUUGUUCACACACUUCCCAUGUGAUCCCUCAAUGGGGCCACACACAGCUGGUUCGUGCGCUUGUUCGAAGAGGCAAAUCCACCCUGGGGAGCUCCCUUUCAGUUCCCUGCACAACUGCAAGGCACCAUAAUGCUGGUCCGUGUGUAGGAAGUGUUUGCUAAUGGGCACUUUGUCCUAAAGGAGAAGGGGUUGAGGUGAACCCACCACCCCAUAGACUAUGUUAAGGAAAUGGGAACUAGACUGGGUGCCGGCUGGGGUGGGGGCAAUGCCAAUAUUUUGCCAGCUGCCUUUUUCUCUAGGUUUGUGGUUCUCAUACUUUCUUCUCUGGGCCACACUCUCAGAAUGGAAAUUUGUUCACACCCCACCAAAUUUUUUAUUGAUAAGAAAUACAUUGGAAAGCAAAAAGAAACAACUCCCAGCAGUGUUUGAUUUAUAACAUAGAACACAACUCCUUUAUAAUGUUAUAGGGAAAUCCUUGUGCUCACUUGGAUUACCAGACAAAGACACCAGCCAGGAAUAUAGGAGCAAAACAGCAGCCAGCAGGCCUGGUCUUUAUUUUGAAGGACUGUUGCAACAGGACUUCCACCCACCGCAUGGGAGAAGCAGGAAGGAGCCCAGAACAAAGGGUGGCUCCCACUUUCAUCAGCUUUACAAACCCCCUAAAAUUACAUCAUGCAUACUUCACAUAAACAUCACAAAUUGGGAGGGUCUGGUGAAAGAAACCUGAGCAUCAGGUUUUUCUCCAUCCUUCCCUCCACCUCACACCCAUCAAGUAAGACAAAAGAAAUAUUGACGAGUUCCUGGUUGAUCACACCUCUUUGUCCUGACCAAGAACCUCAUCCAUUCCUGGAUGGUUUGCUACUGUCCACAGGAUGACUGCCUGUUUUUGCACCCAUUUGCCAGGAUGCCAGCGAUGAUCUCUUAUGCAAGAGGCUGAUCCCAGGUUUUGGGGAUUACGGCUGUCUUUUACCAGUUUCCCAAGCCCCCCCCCUUCAGUAGCCAUCUUUUCCCUGAGCAGAACAGCGUUGGGAGUUGUGUGGUGUCGUGUGUUAUGUGGUGCUUUGAGGAGACAUUGCGUGUGAACAACUGCGUCCUGGAGGGGCAACCCCCCCUCCAUCAUUAUAAAAAUUCCUGUAACAAUAAUAUGUUUGUGGGGCACAGGGAAAGUAUAAAACAUUCAGCUACACUACACUACAAUGAACUGUUUAAAUGUUUCUUUGGUUGUCCUUGAAUCUUCCUCUCCUGCCACCCUUUGAGAGUUACCUCUCUAGGUCCUCAGUAUACCUGUAGUGGGAGAUGGAGCUAAUAUUCUUUCCUUCCAGAAGGUGAGCUGCUACGCACUAAAACUAGCACAGACUUACUGUAAACCCAGUCUCUGAAGUACUGGAUCACAGUAGGGCUUCCAGGCCCUAUUUAUUUUAGCUGUGUUUCCUGGUCAGCCCAAGGUCUUCCUGCAGGAUCUGGGAGGGUUCGUAAAAGCUGGCCUGCAGCUGUAAAGGCCUUGAAACAGACGGCCAUAAGGGGGCAGCCUAAGCUUGAAUUUAGAGUGUAUGUAUUUGUCUAUGUAUAUUUGUGUGUGUGUGUGUCCGUGUAUCCUCAUUUGUUACUUACACACUUCCCGAAGUGUGGGGCUACAGAAAAGGGUUUCAAAGAGUAUGCAGCAGAAGCUUAUCAUAGGUUUUUAGUUGCAGAAAACAAUUCAAUGAUAACAUGAUUCUAUCAAAAUUACCCCCAAAUUAUCUUUGCCAGAGAAAGGGCACGCUGGUAAGACUGAGCUCUCAAAACAGGCGUGCAGUUGUGUUAAGUGUGGGGAAAGCUGCUCUCUGCUUUUGUUGUAAACUGCAUUGAGGGUUUUUUUCUUCCCAAUCAAGCAGUGUAUAAAUUUAUUAAAUAAAGAAAGUAAUAAAUCAGUCCCACCGCCAGCUAUCUUUAAAGUGGCAGCAAGCAGAGUGGUGCCCAAGGAAAGGUGACUUGUGCAAAUCCUACUCGAUUGCCGCCUUCCAGGCUGGUGGUACAAAAAUAAGGUCACAAAAGCUGCUUUUACGUUGCUUGAUUUCCUGCACCUGCCUCCCCUUUAAACACUCUUGUGCUCUUAAAUUCCCUGCUAGGAGCCCCAACUCCCAUGUUCCACCCAGAGUCAGUUGGGUGGGGUACAAUUAUUAUUAUUAUCAUUAUUAUCAUUAUUAUUACUGCUCCUGGUGGUCAUGCAGAGUUGUGGGGUGGAUCCCCACUCCCCACCUCUAUGUCAAUGCCACCUGUGACUAGAGAGGCCGUAGUCCCAGGUGGAAAGUGAAGGUGCCAUCCUUCUCUGCAGCAGACAUGACGCUCCAUAAAUAUCUUCUUCUUCUUUGGCGAUUCCUCGUAGCCGAGUAAGAUUGUCUUCCAUAAACACUGUUUUAACAAUGAGUCCGUAAGUGACUGUGGAGGCCAAUUCUGGAUCCACACGUCCUUCCACAGUGGGGACAUUGGUUUCCGGGCGGGAGCUGAUCACGGUGUGGAUUUGCCAAGUGUGCCUAGCGUGCCUUCCUCCAUAAAUAGACACACAAACACAUAUUGUGAGUGAAGCUGCCUUUUAUGUUGAACCAGUCCUCUGGUUCUAAGGCACUCUUAUUAGAUGAUUCUCAAAAGGUCACAAGAAGAGAGCCUUUUAGCCAGAGGGUCCAGGGAUUGAAACUGGCGUCUUCUUGCAUUAAGCGUGUGCCCUGCUGCUGAAUCGUGGCUUCUUCCCUCCCAUAGUUCUUGAGAUUGCCAGUUUGGGGGAUACACAGGCCCAGUUGUUCAUACUUUAAAUAGCUGCACACCUUGAAGCUGCUGUUCAACUGCUUUUCUUUGCGACCUGUUGCAUUAGCUGCAAUCGGGUUUUAAAAAAACAUUACCGUUCCUUCCAUUUUUAUAAAACACAUCCUGAUGAAUCCUAAUUGCUUCCAUCCCAUCCUAAUUGUUUCAAGGUUGACUCUUCUCUCAUAAUUCUGUGUUCAUGUCCGUAAAAGACAUUACAUAUAUACAUAGACAAGCAAAAAUGUCCACGUUUGCAAUGUAAUGGUAAGCCAUGGUCUAAAACAAAUCCCACCAGCCUGCUGGUAAGAAUAUGAGAAGAUAAGAAAAGUCUGGUUGGAUUAGGCCAGUGGCCCACCUAGUCUAGCAGCCUGUUCUCAGGUCUGCGUGGGUGAAGCAAGGGCCAUUCUCUCAUGCACAGGAAGCCACAGUUUAAAUGCUGUGCCUUAAAGCGGCUUGCAAACAUGGCCGAUGUGAGGAAUACCUAAUUAUGAUCAGUGUAUCUGGAUAUUACUUUUCAUUUGAAAAGUAUUUAUCCCAGACUCAAAACUGCCAAGGCUUCUCUCUCCUGUUCCUGGGAUUGUGCAAAACACAACUGCCACCUUUUCCACAGUGUCAAGGGCAAAUGGGGAUAACGCAGGGCUUGGAGUUACUGUGCAUCUUGCCCUUUCAAGGUACAGACGGAAAAUGCUUUGCUAUCUGCCCUCUUUUCUCCUUUUUUGGAAAAGUGGUGUCUGUUAACACCUGGCCAUGUAUUUCAGGCAACGCAGCUGGGAGCAUGCUCAAGGCCACUCUUAGAAUAACCUCUCAGCACAAUGGGCGAUUCUUGUAUUUUUAUGAGCAGCGGUGUGUUUCCUCCCUUGUUUUUGUGAUGGUACUCAGAGGAGAAUCGAGUCUCCAAGAAAAGCACUUCCACUCCAAGGGGCUCUUCCACUGCAGAAGACAGGCAGUGGGAUGCCCUGGCUGGCUGCGUCUUCACUUCCUCUCCCCUUGCACCCACCCCCAAUAGGAACCUGGGAGUUCCAUACACCAGGCCAGACCAUUGGUCCUUUUAGCUCAGAACACCGACUGGCAGCUGCGCUCCAGGAUUUUGGAGAGGGGCCCUUCGCAGCCCUGUCUGGAGAUGCUGGGAUUGCAACGGAGACGUUUUUGCACACAAAGCAUGCGCUCCGCUGCUGCAUGGCCAGCCAUUUUUGAAAGGGGUGGGGAGUUUGUCCUGUGGGGCAAGUCAGCAGCUCCAUGUGGGCCAGGCAUUCCCCUAGCUCAGAGCAAGCUGCUGCAGGAGCCCAUUGCUGGCUCCUGGCUAUGCCCUCUCCUUGGCCGCCUCUGCAUUGUGAGUUGCUGCAAUCCUGGCAGGGCUCUGCCACGUACAAACCCCACCACCUCAGAAGCAUAUGGGAUGGGCUUUGUGCCAUUAGGUAAGGCGCUGUCAAAAUAAGGACUGACGGUUCAAGCUUCAUUGUGGGUGUUGACUCUUGCAAAACACGCUGCGUCUUCUCAGACAACCGUCGCAGCGUGCGGACUCUUGAGAUGAACAGCAAUCCUAAAAUCAUUUGUAAAAUUCCCUGUUGUGCAGCAGAAAGUUUUGUUCUUGAGGGAUGCCCCAGAUUCUUUCUCAGCCGUGAAGUUCACUGAUGUUUAGCUCAGUCAUGCUCUCAUCCUGACAUGCCCCACAAAGAUAACCUGAAAUUGCCACCUCCAGCCUCUGUAACGGAGGACUGGAAGGAGUCCCAAGUAGCACCAUUUUUAAGCAAGGAAUCCCACAUGGGAGUGACGGACGUGGCACAAGGCCUCGUGGGCUAGAGUGGGCAGCUCAAUGGUGACACCAUAAAAUUAUGCACUGUGUGGAGAAAAGAGACAGAAAAAAGCUUUUCUCCCCCUCUCAUAACUCUAGAAUUUGUGGGCCUCGAAUGAAGCUGAACGUUGGAGUGUCAUGUCAGAUAAAAUGAAGUAUUUCUUCAUCAGUGCAAUUAAGCUACGGGACCCCCUCUCACGAGGCAGUGAUGGGUACCAUCUUGGGUGCUGUAAAAGAGAGUUGGACCAAUAAUAGAGGAGAAGACGAUCGGUCACUACCAGCCAGGAUGGCUGUGUUCUGCCCCCACAGUGAAUCCCAGUUGCUAGAGGGGCUUCUGGGCUCGUGUCCUGCGUUUGGGCUUCCCCCAUGGGACUUCUGGUUGGCUGCAGUGGGAACAGAACCAUGGACUCUUGGGCCUGAUCCAGCAGGUCUCUUGCAAUGGCCUUGUCCUCCUGAGCUCCUUGCCGAAAGGCAAACAGUACAAAAGUGGUUGCUGUUUUGCCCUCAUAUUAGCAAAGAUGAGACGACCUGCAUCCUUUUUUAUAUAUAUAAAGAAAACACAUUGGAUUUGGUGAAAGUUGUCCCCCCACCCCUGCGAGCAUCCCGAAAUGGAAGUGAGAAUGAGGACGGAAACGAAGGAGUUUGCGGAAGUCCUGUAGUUCCUACUUGUAGGGAGGGCUUUUGCCUUGACUUCUCCUUUCCAGUGAAAGUGGGGGUCAUGCAUGGAACAGAGUGAGCUCAAGGUGUGGAGAUUUCUCUCUCUCUCUCUUUCUGUGUGUGUGCAUGUGUGUUGAACACCCAGAAAGGUUGGGGGAAAGUGGCUUGCAAUCCCAGCUGCAAGACCUUGUUGCAGUGUUUUCGAUUGUUAUCAUUCUGUUGUUUCCGCCUGCCCUGGGUGAAGAGGGCCUGAGAAACCCUACAAAUAAUAUUUUUUGAGAAACCGUUGCUUGCUUUUUGAUAAUUCUCCUCCUGUCACUCCUCUUGCUUGGAAUGCCCCAAAGCAUUCCGUCUUAAUGGAUUUCUUGAGAAGGAGCCAGAUGAAAGUUGAUCAGCGAUGCAUUUAAUCUAAGCUUGUGGAGUCAAUAAUGCCUUUGCAGAGCCAGCUGGGCACUUGAGACACUUUGGGGUGGGCAGGAUCCGAUGGAAGAUGCAGCAUUUUGCUCCCCGCCCCACACCGCACGCUGCUGGUGCGCACACUCCUGGUGUGGCUCCUCCUGUGGAAUAAUAAUUUAAAAACCCUUCCAGGCACUGAGCAUCAGCUGCCCACUGCUUGGCGGAGUUUGGAAAUUGCCAUCCCCUAAGCAGGGAGUAGGCCUUGGGGUGGUCUUUUCGGUCCAAGCUUCCCCACAUCCCAGGAAUUGGAUGUAACAUAGAGGGUGGCCUUGGCUCCAAGCAUUGCAGGGGGUUGGACUAGAUGACUCUUGGGUUCCCUUCCUACUUCUAUGAAAUCUUUGAGCAAAUCUGACUUGUGGCCAUGCAGCAGAAAGAGGUGGGAGAGAGCUUCAGGCUGUCGGUGGUGUGGCCCAGUCUGCGCCCUGCCUAACUGGCUUUCUGCUUGAGGGGACUGUGGCUUAGUGUGUCCCCCCCCCACACACACACCACACACACACUGGGGAGCACUCAUCAGUGCAAUUGCCUCUCCUGCAUGCCUGCAAUGGCUCACUGAACCAUUUGCCUGCAGCAGGAAGUGCAGCAGAACUGCCUGCAAGGAGCUUUGCCUCUUAGGGCAGGGGUUGGCAUGGCCCUGAGAACCAGGCUUCCGCCUUUGCCUUGCUUGGGCAGCCCUGGGCCUCCCUGAUCACUUUCAGGUGUACCAGAAAUCCUGAUGGUGCUGGUGCCCUGUUGGCUGGCUGCCAACCAAGCGGCAGAGGGCUGGACAGAAGCAUGAAGAGCCCAUGAAGCCCUCGCCGUGCGUCCAUGCGUCUCGCGAUGGGAAUGAUCUUGGUGGUUUCCUGCCCAUUUCUGGUGGGGCAGCGCUGCUGGUUUUGGGUGAUGGGCCGGGCUUAUGCACAGGCCAGUGACCCCCAUCUCUCUAAAUCGCUCUUACGGGAACCCGUGGCCCUGCGAGUCUUCAAAAUGCCUUUGACCACAACAACACACAGCAGCUUGUGGGACAAUAGCUUUGGUUAAAAAUCGAAAUGACUUAAAUAUGCAACGUAACUAGGUUGGCGCUCAGUGCUUCUGCUACGGGAGGGUGGGAUUGUUCGAAGUGGAAUGCUGCUCUUCUGUGUAAAGGAGUGGGAAAAUGUCUUUGACUGUAGGGGAUGACGCCCCCCCCCCCAAUUCAGGUUGUGUCUUGUGGAUUCAUAGAAAAUUGCAUGUUGGGGUGAGUUGCUUUGGGGCUGGGUUAAAUAAACAAGCCGUUAAUUUUCUCUCCAUGGAAGCUUUGGCUGAAACUUGAUUGGAAUUGUUGGAAUUCAACUUAUCUAGUGCUGUUGGCUUGUAAAUUGGGCAAAUUGCUGCGUUGCUUACUCAGCCCAUCUCCUGUUUUGUUCGGGUCUUUAAUCUUGACUUUCCUGACCCUGAAACCUGAAGAAGUGUUAGCUCUCCGGUUUCAGCUGAGCGUCAACUUGCUGUAAAGCACUUUGGGCUCUUGAAAAACACUGCAUAGGUCGUUAUUGCAAAUUAUUAUGAUUAUUAUUACAUUUCCUGUCCACACUUCAUUGAUUCACAAUCACACGGCACGUUAGAUAUGAAAUCCUGAAAAGAGAAAACACUUAAAGCAUAUUCAUGAAAGGAAUGGGAACAGACAGUAACGUAAUUAAGGCAACCAUACCAUUCAAAAAUUAAAAGCUGCGUUAAUACGCUUAUCCUAUUUAACUCCCACAAAAGCUCAGGUGCAGAGAUGUGUUUUCAGUUGGUGCCAAAAGGCAAGCAGAGUUUGUGCCACCCACCCUGCAGAGGAAGGCGCAUUCCACAAACCAGGUGCCACCACUGAGAAGGCCCAGACGCUAAGGAGGGAGGGAGUGUCGUUGGCCAUUUGAAUCUGGCUGCAUCAAGGAGGGUGGGCGUUUUUAGCUAUAAACUACUUGCAUACUGCAGUUUCAGUUUUUUUUAAAAAAAAUCAAUGCAGUUUUAACUAUUACAUUCCUUAAUUGUCUGUAUAAGCUUGGCAGCACAGAAGAGUUUUCAGCAAACGUUUAAAAGUUCCUAUAGAAGACUCCUGCUGGAUCUCUGCUGGAAGAGCAUUGCACCAGGAGUGGGCCAGAGACACUCAGCUGUGUCGAAUGAGCCUCACCAGUUCAGGAGUCAAAAGCAGGGAUGCUCCAACAGACGGUCUCAGUGACUGAACUGGGGAUUGUAAGGGUCUAGUUGGUUCCUAAGGUAACCUAAACCGAAGUUUUUCAGGGCCUUGUAGAUGAAUGCAAAGAACCUUGCUUCCUAGUCCAUGGGCAGCCAGUGUGGUUGUGCUGGAAGCAGAGGCAAGGCAGCAAGGCCUCUCCAUCUGCUUGGAUGUGACCAGCUGCUGUCUACUUAUUUAGCAAAUGCACUGCCUGCUUUUCAGCAACAAGACAAGCUGCCAAAGCAGGUCACAGUCCAAUUUGGAGCAAGGAUAUAAGAAAGCAUUGGAAAUGUAGAUGAAAUCAUUAAAAUCAGCUGGCUUGAAACAACAGGAAAACCACAAACGGAAGCAAAAUAAAAUCAAUACUGGGGAGGGGGGGGAGCAGUGGUGUUAAAGUGAGACCAUGUCUCUGGCUAUCGGUUCUGGCUGCCUGCUAAAAUCCCCCAGGGCCUCUUCUCUCACCAAGAAUCUCUGACCACCAGGAGCCUGGAAUAAGAUUGUAAGCUUGGGGUGGGGGGCAAGUUUCAAAUACAGUGGUACCUCGGGUUACAUACGCUUCAGGUUACAGACUCCACUAACCCAGAAAUAGUAAUAAUAAUAAUAAUAAUAAUAAUAAUAAAUUUUAUUUGUAUCCCACUCUCCCCAGCCAAAGCCAGGCUCAGAGCGGCUAACAUCAUAUAAAUAAGACAAUAUGCAUAAUACAAUAUACAAUAUGCAAAUAAAAUAACAUUCAACAUUCAGUAAAAUAAUAUAAAAUAAUAUUAAAUAUCAGUACCUCGGGUUAAGAACUUUGCUUCAGGAUGAGAACAGAAAUCAUGCCCCCAUUAGCUAAAGUGGUGCUUCAGGUUAAGAACAGUUUCAGGUUAAGAACGGACCUCAAACGAAUUAAGUACUUAACCCAAGGUACUACUGUACACUUUUCACAUAUUGUGGUGGUGCCCUCAAAACCAGAAUAUACAGAGAACGGGUAUUGUCAGAAAUAGCAGAAAUUGUUGGUUAUGAAUUUAUAAUAUUGUUUGGUUAUGUCAAAGAGGUGUCGCCCCUAGAGGACCCUUGAGAUGAUCGUUUUAUCUUACUACAGUGGGCUUGUAUAUCAAACUUGACCCGGAAAACUUUCUGUGGACAAACGCCGGCUCCCUCGGCCUGAAAAGCGAGAUGAGCGCCACACCCCAUAGUUGCCUUUGAGUGGACAUAACCAUCCAGGGGUCCUUUACCUUUACCAAGCUUGGAAAAAGCUCCAUAUACAGAUUGAAAACUGAAGGAUGGAUUUUAGAUGGGUGUGUGUGUACCAAUUAUAGAUACUGGUUAUAUAUUUACAGAUGUUAACUGCAUACCGUUCUCAAUCUGUCACUUCAUAUUGAUUGAUCUUGCAAAUAAAACUGUGUUCAAGGGGAGUUGUUCAGGUGAAGCCUUGGGGUCUGAAUCUGGUCUGAGUCUCAGGAAGGAAUGUGGGUGGGAGCAGAUGAGGCUCUCCUGGGUGCUGGGCGAGUUUCAGGUUGCACCAGGACUGCUGGGAUGAAUAACUCACCACGGCUGAUCUCCCAGUUUUAAAAUGUAAAAUCCAGCUGUUAGCCAGAUAUGUCUCCUUUCUUAGGUGAAACACACAGGUUUCUUGGUAGGUAGAAUCAGGAGCACAGAGAAAACCGGGAAAUUUUUAUAUUAUGAAAGUGAUAGAUUAGUUUCCGGUCGUGUGCUAGGUAAAAUGUAGUCUUGUGGCACCUUGAAGACGAACUCAUUUUAUACCGGAGGCUGCUUAUUGUUCUCAUUCUCAGAAAGUGAACAUCGAUUUUUAGUCCUGGGGCACUUCAGGAUUUUGCUUUCACUGCCCUCCUCUUUAUUAAUCGGCUCCGUGGGCAGCUGAACCGCCCAUGGUUCACCUUCAUGCUGUGGUGCCCUGACCAACCUGACGCCUGGGAUCCAACAGGCUGCACCCAGCUCAUGAUUCUGCCAGAACGGCCCGUGGAGGCAGCUUCAGAGCCAUCCAUAAAUGAUUCGAUUUGCAUCUUCUGUUCUCUGUCAGCAGAUUCAUGGGGCUUGAAGUACAGCCUGAUUUGGUGCUUUCUGGCCACCUCCUCUGCCUUCUGCUUCCCCUCUGCCCCAGCACAGCAACCAGAACCACAUUCUCUGGGCAGGUAGAGCAAAGGGUGGAGGGUCAGUGGAGAGGGCCAGGAUCAAGCGCGCUCUGGCUCCAGAGCUGAGACUUGUUUCUCACAUUCUGUUGCCUCCUGAUCUCUUCAGCAUGGCUGAAAGAAUGGAAACAAGGUGCAGGAUUUUGCAUUUCAAACAUCGCUCAGGAUUCACAGAACUGUAGAGUUGGAAGGGAGCUUGAGGGUCAACUGAUGCAACCCCUUGCAAUGGGACAGGGGCGAUUAUAAAUCUGAGCACAUAAACAAGGUACUCAGUCCCCAUCACCGUGGCAUGCUUCACGAAACAGUAUAGCAGAUAGUAGAUUUAUUUAGACUUUCAUCUACACCGUCUCCAAGGCUCAGGGUCAAUUGCGGAAGCAAACAAGAGAAUAAGAUUUCGUCUAGUUCCGUGAAAUUUCCCCACUCUUCCUGUCUUAGCCUUGAGCCAAACCAAGGACAAGGGUGGAAAGAUAAGAUUUGGCAGCUCAGCUGAAAAGUUCCUUCAGCUUAGACUUCAGCAAGUCUUUGGCACACUGUCGACUGCCCUUUGGGGGCACAGCAGUGGUAGCAAUGCUGGUCUUGAUUUCCCUGAAAACCCCCCACUGUAGUGAAGCAAGCCUGGCUUUGUGCUGGGGAAUCUGAACCGACCUUUCCCCUUUCAGUCCACACAGGAAGGCUUCCCGUAGCAAAGACGGGAGGCCAGGGGCUGCGAGACUCAGAGCAGGGUUGGACAUAAAGCAAAUGGGAUCCUAAGUGAGAGGCAUAAUAAUAAUCAUUUUAUUGUUUGCACCCCACACAUCUGACCAGGUGGCAUCUUUGGACCAGCCACGUUCUGAUAGUUCAUCUUUGGAGUGCUUCAUAUUUCAUUGCCUCUGUAGCCCAUUUCACAGUGCUGAUGUAUGAUUUCCAUGCACGACUUCCCUCUCUCAUAUCAGACAGCAAGUUUUCAGGCACGGAUUCAAUCUUGCUGCACACACAAUUUGCUGACUAAGCUCUGGGGUUGUCAUUUCUUUUGUGGAUGAUAGCAGUUUAUUGCAGCACUGCCAGGUUGAUUUGCCAGGUGUACAAAUCAAGACCAACUCUUCUGUUGUUCUCUUGGUGGUUGAGUGGAUGGUUAAGGGGACCCACCGAGCCCCCUGCCUUUAAAUCUGACUCUCAGGGCAGAGUCUGCUGCCUUCAGCCCAGGUCAUUUGUGAGCAAUAUCCACAGAGGGGUUGAUCGUCAGGAGGUAACUUCUUCUGCUGCACCAGUCAGCUGUGGAAACCAAAAGUGUGGGGCAGGAGGCAGAGGCCUCCUUGCACAACCUGCUUUCCCGCAACAGGGCCAUAAAAGUGAGUUGCGGAUAAACAUGGAACUUUUAUUGCAGCGUUUGAACAAUGGUGUGUAUGUGCGAUCUUUCCCUCUGCCCUGUGAAAGGGGGUGGGGGGCAAAAGCAAAUACGGGUUCAUAGGUCUUGGUCUGCCAGUCAUACCAGCUUUCUGGUCCCUGGAAAAAUCCCCUUAUAUGGUGAAGUGUAGAAGUGGACUUCUGGGGUGGCAACAAAGUUGGGGAAAUGAAGGGCAUGCACCCUAGAAGAACAAAAACCUCUUUCCUUGGAGGUUUUGAAGCAGACGUUGGAUGGCCACUUGUCAUGGAUGUCUCAGUUGAGAUUCCUGCAUUGCGGGGGGACGGGGGACGGGACGGGACUAGAUGACCCCAGGGGGUAAGUUUCAACUCUGCGGUUCUAGGUGGUACUUUUCACAGAGCAUGCUGGAAAGGUUGAGGCUGUCUUGCUUCCUCCAUCCGCAUGCUUCCUAUCGGAGGUGGAGGGGGCUGAAGAGUUCAUAGCUGGUCAUCUGGUGAGUUUGUGGCGAGAGUGACAUUUGCAGUGGGAAGCUUCCUGUUUUGCAGCCCAGCCCUUGAGCCUUGCUGUGCUCUCUCCCCCCACAGAAGACCCUUGAACGCUGCAUGAGAUGAUGCCCACUGUUGCCUCGGGUCCCCGCCAUGAGCUCAAUGUUAGAAACUGAGAUAUGAAAGCUAGGAGCUAAAUGGCACCUUAAUUGUGGGUUAUAGGAGCAACAAUGGAAUGUCUCUGCGCACUUUUUUAUCACAAGAAUACAAAGCUGAAAAUGAAUGAUCUGCAGCUAAAAUAUUGUGUUCAUUUUUCACAUGGUCUAGUCCUCCCCCUGCCUGCCCCCCUAAUAUUCUGAAGAGGGUCUCUUCUCCAGUCUUUAGAGAGUGGGGAGGCAGAAAAUGGUCCUCCUUUCCUUCCACUCUGAAGUUUUGGUAUGAAAUCUUAGGUGCAGCGCUGCACCCAGAGCUCAGAAACUGCUUGUGCUAAUGAAAUUCCCUGUUGCAAAAUGCGCCUGGGACAUUGGGAGUGUCAAGCACUGCAUGAGCUUGUGACUUUGUGGAUCCUCCUGCCCAUCUCAAAAUUAAAAAUGGUUUGUGAACCACUGUAUCCUUGCCAGCCUCUCCUGAGGCUUAAACACUUAAAACGCACACAUUUUCCAAGCACUUUUCAUAUACAGUCGUACCUUGGAUCCUGAACGCCUUGGUACUUGGACGUUUUGGCUCCCGAACGCCGCAAACCCGGAAGUGAGUGUUCCGAUUUGCAAACGUUCUUUGGAACCCGAACGUCCGACGGGGCUUCAUGCAGCCAAUCAGAAGCUGCACUUUUGUUUCUGAACAUUUUGAAAGUUGAACAGACUUCUGGACCGGAUUCCGUUCGACUUCCAAGGUACGACUGUAUAUUAAAAGACAAGCCAGCUCAUGGCUGCCCGCUCACAGUCAAAUAGGCACAGCAGAGAAGGAAAAAGGAAUGGGGAGGGAAGAGGAAGGCAAGCAUUGGAGCAGCUGUUCUUGCACUGGCUGAUGGAUGGAGCCAGGAUUCGGACUCCAGUGCUGUGAUGGUUGUGUGUGCGUGCCGUUGCCCCUUGGCCUUCUAGUCAGUGGAAGAGACCACUUUAGCUCUGCUGGUUCAGUUCUGAGGAGAUGCACCUUGUCGUGUGUGCUGCAGUCUGAAACACAGUAGGGGCAGAUAGAGAGGAGACCAUCCACAUGGAGUAGAUCAGCCUUCCCCAACUUGGUUUUCUCUGCAUGUUUUGGACCACACUUCCCAUCAGAACCUGUUGGGUUUCCUGAAAUCUAUUUGGGAGUUUAUGCAAGGGGAACAUUGCUUCCUUCCCUGCAAGUCCCCAGCAUCUGCUGGGUGCCAGUUUCCCAGAACUCUCUGCUGUGGCUCUUAGCCUUGCGCCGUUGGCAUAACUGCAGGAGGUCUAGACUUCGAAGACUUUGCAUGAGCCAACAUUUGUGUCUGAUUAGCGUUAUUUACUUUGGCUGAGGGAGGCUCUGAGCUGCUGCAAGCUUGAGAUGUCCUCUGGCGAUAGUCGCAGCACCCGUGUGCUCCCAGUAUCAAGUGACUGGAAUCGCAACUCGGGCUUCCUGCCCUGUGUAUGCUAAUUUAGCAGUGUGAGGUCACAGCUAUAUUUAUCUCGGCUAUAUAAGUCUAACCAAAUAACCUGAAGUGCCUGAAGAGUCACAAACUGAGCCCCGGGUAUAUACCGAGCAAAACCAAGCAGGCUGCGACCUUUUGUGGCUUGUUGACUAAAAUAAUAUUGUCGUAGUUCUCUGUGUCUGGGUGACAUCCAGCUUAGGUUACUGCAUUACAUGCUGCUCGCUGAGCCUGCUUGGAAACUUGUAGCUUGUCCAGAAUAUGGCCCAGCAACUGUGAUCCUAUCGCACCGGUUGAAUUGGCACCCUGGCUUUAUUCCAGAGCUGUUAACCAUGGUUUCCUGGUUUGGAUAAAGCAGGGAACCGUAGUUUAUGCAAAACCCUUGCAAAAUGUGCCUUUGUUUGUGCAGCCAAAAGGCUCGUCUGUAUCUCUGCUGAGCCAAGAGAUGAUAAUUGAAACUCGUCUGUUGUGUUGCAUGUUACUGGCAUAAACUGCUUGAAGAUCACUGGCGUUUGGUGUGCUCACCAGUGCUAGGGAGGACACUAUUCUCACAAGGGCUUGUGCCAGCGUAGGGCUGGUGGCAGGAAUAAUGGUCAGCCUGGAUAGCUCACCUGGUGAGAGCCUGGUGCUGAUAACGCCACGGUUGCAGGUUCGAUCUCUGUACGGGACAGCUGCAUAUUCCUGCCUUGCAGGGGGUUGGACUAGGCGCAGAGGUUCUCCACCUGUGGGUCCCCAGGUGUUGUUGGCCUACAACUCCCAUCAUCCCUGAGCUCUGGCCUUGCUAGCUAGGGGUGAUGGGAGUUGUAGUUCAACAACAACUGGGGACCCACAGGUUGAGAAAGGCUGGAUUAGAGGAUCCUCAGGGUCCCUCCCAACUUCAAUUCUAUAAUUCUAAGACUUGCCAACCUAGGGAGAUGCCAAAGAGAUCUCCUGGGUGCCCAGGAGCGAAACUCAAAUGCAGUUUUUUCAAAUAUUUAUCUGCUGCCUUUGGCAGUAAACCUUUUAAAGGCAGCUUACUAUAGAACACAGAAUGCAGUGAAAAAUACCUGUACAUUUAAAACAACAAGGAGGAGGCCAGCUACUAAUAAAGUGAGCCGCUCGCCCAAAAUUACUGAAAUAUUAUCAAAGCCGACCUCCAGAGCAGAAUGCCAGGUGGGGAAAGCCUCCCAGGAGGUCUGCCUGCUUUGCCCUUUGUGAGCCAGUUUGGGUAGAAAGGUGGCGGCAACAACAAGGUGUGUUUGGGGUGGGGAUUGCCAGUGGCUAAGCAAAAGCCAACCGUUAUGGGAUGGCAGUCGCUGCAGUCACCGCUUGCAAGGGCCCCCAACGAGAUCAGCCCUAGGAACUCUUACUAGCUUGGUGAGAUACUCCUUUUGUGUUAACUUACUUCAGCCUAACCCUGACCAUGUCUGCUCAGAAGUUGAGUUCAGCGGGGUUUCCUGCCAGGUGAGUGGGAUUAGGGUUUCAGUGCCCGUGGGGGCCCUGAGUUCUGGGACUGGAUUAUACCUGGUUUUCUUUCCCUGAUAUUUCUAGUACUCCCUUAUCUGUUCAGCAGCUUGCCUUUUAAAGACAGAUUUGCACAAGCAGCAGCACAGUCCCACCCCCAUACUGAAAUAAGUAGGUUCCAUAGAGAUUUAUUUCCAUGUGCUUCGACUGCCUUCCCUUUUCAGGGUUUGUGACAGUGCCAGAAAGCCUUGCCUUAUUCUUGUGCAAGGAGAGCAGAGAUACAGGACUUGAAGCAACGCAAAUCUUGCCAGCAGCUUCACUUUUCACAGAGCAAGGCUGACAGCCGUGUGUGAUUCUGUCACUCUAGCAUUGCUGUUCCUUUGCAGGGCAAAUACAUACAUACCUUGAGAUCUCACUGUGUUUUAAGUGACUAGCUGGCCCAAUAAAAGCUCUUGUCUCUCUUCCAAAUGCUGUGAGAUUUGCAAUAAUCUCCCAGUAUCCUUGGCUUGCUCUGAGCUGCGUUUUUGCAUAAUCCCCAUGGAUUACCAGGAGGUGGAAGCCAGGCUGCUUCCUGAUUCCUAUCAACCAGCUACAGUUUCCCAAAGCACUUAGCAGUGCUAAGGAGGCCUGGCUGCCAUGUUCCUUGGCUCAGCAGCUGUUGACAGCAGGUCUCCUCCUCUUUAGAGUCUGAGCACCUUGAUGGCUGUGGCAGACUUGCUGCUCCUCCUGUGCUCUGGCAAAGGCCCUGGCGGGCGCUGCUUCCAACCACUAGGCGGCACUGUCUGCUGAUGGAUGAGCUCCUGCUUGGAACAGCUGCACUUUAUUAAAAAGGAGGAGGCAGCUUUGCAUUUUUGCAAGGAACUUUGAAUGCAAAUAGCUCCCCUCCGCCUUUAGAGAAAAUUGGAAAAUUAGGGAGAAUGAUGUGUGAGGGCUCCCUCUCCCUUCCUCCGACAGUGAGGGGAUCAAAAUGCAUUUUUAAAGGAACGCUUAGCUGGCAUUCUGCUUCUGCACCAUAGCUGUGGAAGCCAUAUUAGAUAUCCAGCAUGCCAGGAAGAAGUACGUUUAGGGGGAUGGGCUGGAAGCAAAGCGGGGGAAUGAGAAGAAGAAGACGUCUUGUGCUUCCUGUAAAAAUCUCAGAACAGAAUCAUGUUCAGUUUCAUAAAAGUGCGCACACACACAGUCCUUGAGGCUGAUCCAAUGUGUUUUGGGGUGCUUGUGGUGGAAAAAUCCAAGUUGUCCCCUUCCAGACACAGGUCAAACAUGGGGUUCCCAAAGCAAUUUCAUCUGCCCUGCAACCCUACCAAGGCCUUAUCUGUGUGGAGUUGUUGUUGUUGUUGUUGUUGUUGUUGUUGUUGUUGUUGUUCUUCUUCUUCUUCUUCUUCUUCUUCUUCUUCUUCUUCUUCUUCUUCUUCUCCUUCUCCUUCUCCUUCUCCUUCUCCUUCUUCUUCUUCUUCUUCUUCUUCUUCUUCUUCUUCUUCUCCUCCUCCUCCUCCUCCUCCUUCUCCUCCUCCUCCUCCUCCUCCUCCAAAAAUUGAUGUUGGCUUCCUCAUGAGGGAAAGCAUGAUGUUUUCAAAAGUUGUAAAAAAUUAGGGCAUGCUGUGCUUGGUGCCCUACAGCUGUUCCUAUGCUUUGAAGCCCCUCACAGCUCAGUGGCGCUGACUGAUAAAGAGUCCCCCACCUGGGGCUCAUCAAAUGUUUCGUUGCUAUCCUACUCUUUCCUGCAAAGAGCUCAGGGUUCUCCCCUCCCCAGCCUCACCACAACCCUUUGAGGGAAAGAACGACUAGCCCGGCUUCAUGGCUGAGUGGAGAUUUGAGCCCUGGCUGCUCAGGUCCUGGCCCAGCCCUCUAACCGCUGCACCACGCUGCCCCUUGCACUGCCUUUGUCCGUUUCUACAAGGUUUUGCAGGAGAGUUCUUCAGCACCCCGCGGAGCUCAGCCUCCCGGGCUCUGGGGCAUUCAGUCCUAGAGCAGCGAGUGCCAGCAGCCCCCAAAACCCCACAGCAUGGCUCUCGCAGGCCCCCCCAUCACAAAUCCCAAAACCGUCUUGCGGUGCUGAGUCCGGCCAUUGUCUCUCUCCCGCAGCCGCCUGGGGAGGCCUGGUGGUUCAAGUUAGCGCGUUGGUUGGGAAACCAGCCUCUCGUUUCCAUGUGGGUUUGCUCAUUAAGGCUGCCUCCCCGCCUGCCCCCCUGCUCUGGAACAGCAAGCAGCCCUUUCCCAUCGCUCACCAAACCGAUGCAAACCUCUGGGUGGGCGGACUUGAUUCUGCACAAGGAGCCCACAGGUGGAAAAGGCGGGGCCCGCUGGGCUGGCUGUGUGUGGCAGGAACCCCCCCCCCAUCCACAGACACACACCAGGGAUGGGGGGAGGCUUUUUGGCCCAGCAGGCCAGAUCUUUCACUUCCCCCCACCGACCUGCCGUGGGGGCAAGGCAGACAGGGACUAAGCACCACCAGCUGCUGCUGUUGGGGAGCUCAGCCAUGCUUUCUGCAGGGAUCGGGUGCACGAGAAACGGGGGCCUGGCUGUGGAUUUGGGGAAACUGCCUGGGGAGGCCUGGACGGCCAAAUUCACCUUAUGGGCUGGAGGUUCUCCAUCCCUGCCGUACAGGCAAAACCUUUCCAAGGCACGGGUGGGGUGGGGUGGAGAAAUACACGGGUGGAGCUUAAAUGAAGAUUGAGUGACUUCAUGCUUUCUCCAAUUGCGGCUGAUGCCCAUCAUCUAAAGGGCUGCCCUGUGAACCGAUUCUGUCUUCAGAUGUCCUUGCUGGUGCCCCUGCCUUUGGAGGGAAAGUGGGUCUUGACCAAGGAUUGAGCCUUCUCAGUGGUGACACCCUCUUUGUGCAAUUAUCUCCUUAGAGAGACUCCUAUGGCAUUGAGUCUAGUGUCACCCUAGUACCCGGGGGAAGACAGGCGUGUUUAUCAGCGUUUUCAAUCCAUUUCAUGCUGCCGGCCUCUGUAUCCAGUGCCAUUCCCCCUCCCCAAGUGUUCCUUUUGUGUUUUGUAUAUCUGUGCUGCCCGCAAAAUGCCUUCAGCGCUGCUUGUUUGUCCGGUUGCCUUUUUUAAAAAAAUUGUCAUUAUCACUGGUGUCUUCCUGCUGCUUAAUGUGGUGAUCUCACUCUCCAGGAAACCUGCAGGAAAUGCCAGGGCCUCUGGAAGGAGCAUAUGAACCUCACCUGUGAACAGCUGGCUGAGAAGGAUGACAUAAAAUACCGAACAUCUAUGUAAGUAACUUUGUGAAGGUCAGGGAGAACCAGGAAGCCUUUUUUUCUAGUUUCUUAUUUAAGCCAGUCCAGAAAGUACCUGCUACUGAGCCUCCUCAGCAAGAGGGCUUUUGUGCUUCAGGAUAUAUCCUAGAAUCGUAGAAUGGUGGAGUUGGAAGGGACCCCCCAGGGUCAUCUAGUCCAACCCCCUGCAAUGCAGGAAUCUCAACUAAAGCAUCCAGGACAGAUGGCCAUUAAGCGCUGCUUAGAAACCUCCAAGGAAGGAGAGUCCACAACUUCCUGAGGGAGGCUGUUCCACUGUGGAGCAGCUCUUACUGUCAAAAUGUUCUUUGUGAUAUUGAGCUGAAAUCUCUCUUGUAACUUGAAGCCAUGUGUUCAAGUCCUGCACUCCAGUACAGGAGAAAACAAGCUUGCUCCAUCUUCCAUGUGACAGCCCUUGAGAUAUUUGAAGAUGGCUCUCACAUCUCCUCUAUUCCAGGCUAAACCUGCCCAACUCCCUCGAGGUAUCUGCUUUUAUGCGCUCUGAAAGAGCAAACCUCUGGGCGCAGGACAGCCAGGAGAGAGCUGCUUUGCAUAUAUAGUUUUAAUAUAGUUUCUUAUCCUUGAGCAGCUGAAAUUCUACUCUUGUUGCAGACAAUAAAACGUCCCGUUUGAGUCUUGGGAAGGGGAAGCGCAGCUGGAGUUCAGGCCCAGCUUCCUGCUCUGCUUGGCGCUUCCUGCUGGGAAGAUGAGAGGGAGCAGCCCAGAAAACGGGGAGCAGAGUCUGCCUCUGGCGGGUUUACUGUCUGCCCUAAGGGCAAGCACAGUUCCCAAAGAGGAAUUUGAAAUGGGGAAACUGGGAAAUAAAAGAGGCGAUAAAAAUACAGUGUUACACCCUGCAGCAUCUAGCACAGCACAUUACGGUUGCAACAACAGGCAGGAAAAUCAUUGAGAGAGCUGCCAAGACCCUCAGUGAUUUUCAAGUGGUCUGGGGAUGUGGGAGUUUGGAGCCACCAAACUAAGACAUGGGUGUGAGAGGCUCUUGGCGGAGAUCUAGGAGUAGCAGGAUGGGUUUCACCUCUUUCAGUCACAGAGCCAAGGUCCAAAGGCACAUCAUGCAGACAUAGAAUCAUCUUCCUGAAGUGAAGGUCAGUCUGGUCAGUGCCUGGACAGGACUGCAAAGCCUCCCUGUGCUGUCUUGAGUCGUCAUUGUCUUCUUUGGCGAUCCCUCGUAGCCGAGUAAGAUUGUCUUCCAUAAACACGGUUUUAACAAUGAGUCCGUAAGUGACUGUGGAGGCCAAUUCUGGAUCCACACGUCCUUCCACAGUGGGGACAUUGGUUUCCAGGCGGGAGUUGAUCAUGGUGUGGAUUUGCCAGGCAUGCCUUCCUCUUAGCAUGUUUCUCCCUUGCGUUCUGAGUUCGAGUGUCUUCAAGGUCGAUGACACCUUUGGGAAAGGCUGUUCUCCAAUUGGAGCGCUCUCAGGCCAGUGUUUCCCAGUUGUCGGUGUUUAUACUACAUUUUUAAAGAUUUGCCUUGAGAGAGUCCUUAAACCUCUUUUGUUGACCACCAGCACUACGCUUUCCAUUUUUUAAGUUCAGAAUAGAGCAGUUGCUGUCUUGAGCACCAUAUUGAGAGAGGCACAAGGCAUAAAAUCUAAUAUUUGUCCGGUGGGAGGGAAAAGUCUGCAGUUGAAACCGUGCGAUGUAAACUAAGGAUCUUCAGAAAGCAUCCUUGGAUACUGGGCUGUGUUGUGGGAAGGAAAACAAAAUGUAGGUGCUCUGUUAUAUAACUUGUAAACAUCAGCAGAAGCACAGAGUGAUUAAAGUGCUGGUGCAAUGCUUUAACUUGUGUGGGGAAAGCUUAAAACUAUUGUCAGGCCCGAAACACCUCCUGUUUGCAGAACAGAAUAGUUAGCAAACCUUUUGCAGCAUCUCUGUAACCAAAGCAACAGGCUCUGAUUUAUCAAAGGCGUCAAGCAACAGUGCAGAGUUUGCAUUUCCUGCUUCUUUCAUGGCCUCAGCUAUAUAUUUUCUGCUUGUCAGAGGUGAGGGUCUGUGUGUGCUUUGACUCCUGGGUUAAAUUAUUUCUGCAUUAACGUUUAGCUCCCCCACCUCUUUGACGCUCUGGGAAACCAGAUUUAAGCCUGCAGAAUGCCAGCCUGCAAUGAACCUCCUUUCACUUAAUUUGUCUCCAAUUCAUCAUAAGGUAAUUCUAAAUAGACAGCCACAAAGACCUCCUUGGAAACAGCAUGGGAGGGGUGGGCUUCAUACCCCCCCCUUCCUGGGAAAGAGCCUGUUCGAGAUGGCAGGGUUGCUAUUGACAUGGUUGCUAAAGAAUGGGGGGGGGGGUGUUCAUCUAUGUGGAGACUCUGAAGGCAAGAGUGUGACACCCAGGCCCAUAGAUCUCUCAUCAGCCAAAGAACAAGAGCACUCACUAACACACAUCUAAACAAAUGUAUGAAUAAUUAUAUUAUUGUGAUUUGAUAUGUAAUACUUUGGGCUGUCACCAUUUGAAGAAAUGUUAGCUGAUGAAGUCUGGAUCAAUGAACGAUGCAAUUCUCUACAUGCCUGCUCAGAAUUCAUUGGGAUUUAGUUUGCAUAUGACCAAACAUCAUAGCUUUGAAGGAAUUGACGUUUUCUUCUUAGAGGAGUGUGUGUGUGUGUGUGUGUGUGUGUGUGUGUGUGUCAGCAGACACCUGCAUGAUGGUGAUGGGAAACACCUCAUCUGAAAUGACACCUGCCACCUUCUGUUUAUAAGAAAAUCCUUAUUUAAAAAUCGUCUGCAGCGGAUGACGUGUGCUCCAGCCCACCAAACACAAAAGCUGAUGGCAUUAAGGAUAUUGGCAGACUGGACGGUGUGCAGAGGAGGGCGACCAAGAUGAUCCAGGUCUGGAAAGCGAGCCUUAUGAGGAACGGUUGAAGGAGCCUGGGAAAGAGGAGGCUGAGAGGGGAUACGAUAGCCAUCUUCAAAUAUCUGAUGGGCUGCCACAUUGUUUUCACCUGGUUUUUUUGUUUAACCCUUUCCCAAUUGCCUCAUUGUAGAGAAGAGAAGAUGACGGCAGCCCGCAUCAGAAAGUGCCACAAGUGCGCCACCGGCCUGAUCAAAUCCGAAGGCUGCAACCGCAUGUCGUGCCGCUGUGGCGCCCAGAUGUGCUACCUCUGCCGAGCCGCCAUUAAUGGGUACGACCACUUCUGCCAACACCCCCGAUCCCCAGGGGCCCCUUGUCAAGACUGUGCCAAGUGUUCCCUCUGGACAGACCCCACGGUAAGUGACUCUAAUAGACGCUAGUGGCUCCGCUUCCCCCGACUGCUCUCCUGCGCGGAUUCGGGAGCGGAGCAUUCUGGGAGCAGCUUGCGGUAAAAUCACAAGUGACCGCUGGCCCUGUCCUUUGGAUGUGCCGUGCCUUCGCCUCCAAGGCGGAGCUUCCUGUGGCAAUAUAUGCGUAAAAGUCAGAGUGGCGGCUUGAUUUUAUUAUCCGGCCAGUGUGGUGUAGUGGUUAAGAGCGGUGGACUCGUAAUCUGGUGAACGGGGUUUGCUUCUCUGCUCCUCCACAUGCAGCUGCUGGGUGACCUUGGGCUAGUCACACUUCUCUGAAGUCUCUCAGCCUCACUCACCUCACAGAGUGUUUGUUGUGGUGGAGGAAGGGAAAAGGAGAUUGUGAGCCGCUUUGAGGCUCCUUAAGGGGAGUGAAAGGCGGAACAUCAAGUCCAAACUCUUCUUCUUCUUCUUAUAGCUUAAUAACCAGUGAACAUUUAAAUGCACCUGCGUGCUGCCAGCUCUCAGUACUGGCGCCCUCUUUGAGAUUGCGUUGCAAGCGUGAGAGAACUUACAAUUUAAUAAACGUAUCAUAGGAUCAUUGUUGGAAGGAGAGGCCAUUUUAAUACCUUCCUUUUCCUGCUGCAAUGAUGUGUUGGGACCAAAGUAGCCUCUGAGAACAAGCAGAGUCCACCUUCUGCCUCAGCAUCCCAGCAUAUCGCCCAUUCAUUGACUAAGGUGGCGAGUUUUCUAACUCUUCAUAGAGCUCUUUAGUUUUUCUGCAAUAGAACCCCAAUGGACGAUUAAGAUUCUGGAGAGAGUUGUCUGGGCCACACUUUGUUUGCAGAGAGCGCUCUCCCACGCCUGCUGGAACUCCCAGUCCUGAAUCCAGAGUUAUCCAUCCGCCUGCCUGCUAAGACAAUCUCUUUCGCUCACAGAAGGGCUGUUUUGGACAUGGCCAAAGACCAAUGACCACGGCCAGCAUGGCCAGGCACCUGCCAAGGACCCACCUCCCAGCAGGGGCUCACUGGAAGCAUCCCUGUCCCUGUCCUCCCCCCCUCUGGACCUGCUGCAGUGAAAGUCCCUGAGUGAGAGAGAUCCAUGGUGGGUGUCCUGCCCACGAACCCCCGCAGAGCCUAGGGGUAGCACUACGAGGAUCCUCCUCACAUCUGGGAGAGGUCUGCUCUGUGCAAGCUCUUGACACCUUUUUGCGACCCACUAGAGUUUCUGUGCUUCAUUCAUUCAUUUAUUGAAUUUAUAUACCGCCCUAUACUGAAGACUCCCACCUUCCUACUGCUCCCUGACUUCUCCCCCAGCAGCCUAAGGCUCUGUCGUCGUGUCUCUCAUUGCUUCUCCCUUUUCAUACCUCUUCUGGUUCUGGGAGACUGGGGGAGGGAGGGAGCAGGUAGUAGCAGUAGGGAGAUCUCCCUGGCUUCUUCAGCAGCCUGCCUCAGCCCCUCUGCUUCGGUCUUUGAUUCUGGACUUCUCUCUGCCCCAGCCUCUCCCAGCUCACUAAGCCCUGCUGCCUCUUCAGCUUCCGACACCCCCUUCUCCCAGUCUGCUCCCUCUGGCCACUCAACAUCUUCAUUUCAUUUUAUUUCAUUUCAUAUUGAAUUUAUAUAGCGCCCUAUACCCGGAGGUCUCAGGGCGGUUCACAAAAAAGAUAAUAAUAUAUAAAAUAAAAAUAAAAACAAUAAUCCAAUAGUGCCCCCCACAAAAAGAGCCACAUUUUAAAAGGGCAUAGGAUGUAAAUUGGAUCAACCAAAGACCUGGUUAAAAAGGAACGUUUUUGCCUGGCGCCUAAAGGUGUGUAAUGAAGGCGCCAGGCAAACUUCCCUAGGGAGAGCAUUCCACAGACGGGGAGCCACUGCAGAGAAGGCCCCGUUCUCGUGUUGCCACCCUCUGGACCUCUCUUCCAGAAGCACCUUCCUUAUUCCUUGUUUCUCUCACUGUGGCACAAUGUCCAAGGCACAGCAAGAAGGCUUCCGCUGCCCUGCGCAAGAGUCCACAGAGCCACGUACUAAUGUGCUUCCACACACCACUUAAGCCAGCUCCUUCCCCAAAGUGGCUUGCCUUGCCUUCCAUAGGUUGCAGUCCAUCUCCCUGCUAGUUCUCAGCCAUGAGCAAGCUGCCUGUGCCUCCGUGCAGGAGCUCUCCCUUCUACGGGGGGCUUCAUCCCCCCUUCCCCCCCGCCCUGCUUGCUGACUCCAUUCCAGACCUGUACUCUCUCCCUCCUCCCGCCUUGCCUCUUGUUACUCAAGCGCUCCCUGACUAAGCUGGGAAUGAUUUGAAAGGAGCUCUUCUCCCUCCCUUCCCCCUCCUGGAAGUGUCUGCCUCAUGAAAUCAUUUCAGAGCUUAUUGGGAACGGCUGUGCCUGCACAUGCAUGAAAAAGGAAGCCCUUUUAUUAAUAUUUCUUCAAAAAUUGGGGGGGGGGAUGCAUUGCAAAUGGAGAAACCAGCUCCCAGUAACUCUUUUUAAAAUGCCAAAAAAAUAUUUCUCCACCCUGAAAUAAUUAGCCAGUCUCUCCCUCCUCCCUCCCAUCUUUUGGUGAUGUUGCUGCACUGGACAAAAAUCCCCUAUAGAAAUAUUCUGUGAUUGCAUUUUUUAUUUUAUUUUUUGAACUCUGUGCUGGUUGAGAAUGUCUCCUUCCCGUCUGGCCCUUUUCCCCUUUCCCAACACUUCACGUUUUCUUUCGCUUAGCUGUGCUCUUGCUGUGUGUAGAGACGCACGCCUGGAACUACUGAAGCAGGGAAACAAAAAUAGAUGCGUUUUGUUUCCCUUCCACUCCAGCGGAAAGGAGUGCAGUGAUCCAGCAGCCUGCACCCAAUUUCCUGCAAGGGGGGAGCACAUCCCAUGCCCCACCCUCUGGGGUGAGCUUUGCCGGGGGGGGGGUAGCAUCCCAGUUCCAGAUGCAGCUCCGAGAAGAGGCCAGCCUUUGUGACACCACCAAGACACCAACCACAUCCCUCACUCCAGUAGCUUCCGCUACCGAGUUGGUUAAAAGGGGAUAAUCAAUAGAAUGGUGGUAAUGCAUUUCAGUGAACAGAUUAGUUAACCGAUUUAAAGGGAUCUUUAAGUAGCAUAAAGCCAUUGAAGUGGUGGAGAAGGUAAAAGCAGAAUAAAGCACAAGUUCUCAAACCAAUAAAAUGGUUCCCGUAAGCUCUAAAAACAAUACAACCAUAUUUACAAAUUCUGAAAACGAUAAAACAUUUCCAUCAGCUGUGCAGUUGUUCCGUAAAUGGCGGGAGGGAAGGCUGACUCGGCAUUCAGGAUUCCUUCCAUUUUCAUUGUGGGCAACACUUAAUGACAUCUCCGCAGACAGACAGUUGCUAAAUGAAAUUCCCGUUGCUUAGGAGCAGGCCAUUGUGCUCUGUGCAGCAGCCUGCAUUACCUAUAGCUAGCAGCACCAGACUAAACUACGCAACAUUAGCACACACAUGCAGAUUUCCUUGGUUUGCGUGAUUUAUGCAAGGUGCAGAGUCCCUCCUUUUCUCUCCGCAAGGGCUGGGUUGGGUUUAACUCUGUGCAGAAUGUUAAUCGUUGGUGCAGCUUCUCUGCAUGGUCCCCGUUGCUUUUCCAGUGCAUAAAGAACAGGAAGACCCACAGAACAGAGAGAGGAAAUGAAGAUGCAGUUAAGCCCAAAAGUGUAAUGCAUUUGUGUGUGUGAUAGCAGAAGACAGAACACGGGCUGAAAAUCUCUUUCAGUCUCUUAGCCUUUUCCAAUCCCGCCCACUGAAUUCAGCGGUCUUGGGAAAAGCAAUUGCAGCCCCCACCCCCUGGAAAUUUACCCACAACCUUCAUGUGCAUAACUGGCCGGGAGAAGUUAUUUCACCUGUUUUUGCUGGUAGAGUGUUAGCUGUAAGCACAACUUGUUUUUUAUGGCAUAAAUUAUACAAAAUGUUCAAACAGUGUCCAAUAAAUAUACACUUAACAAGGGUGAGAAUGGAAUAUUUUGCUCAGAUUCCCAGGGCAAAGCAGAAUAAACACCACUUGAGUAUGGUAAACACGAGCUUUUGCUAGCCAUGUUCUUUGAAUACAAUACAGUACUAUUUUCAUAUUUUUGAGUCUUGUUUAUGCACUGCUAUCUUGGGACCCAAUUAUAUUUUGGCAUGCUCAGGCAGAGGCAAUUUACAGGGGGAAGAAAACUUGUGUGAAUUCUUAAGUUGCAGUUUCUGGGCUGGGAUAAAGCUCUGCCAGGAAUGCUGUCCUUCAUUCUGCAUCCUCAGCAGGCAGAAACAUUGGCAUUUUCACUGUGCCCCCUAUAUAUGUGUCAGGCGUUAAUACCGCCAUGUGUGCAGCUGUUUUGCUCCUUUGUCCCCUCCCAGGCUUCCCCCAAUUUCUCUUUAAAGUAUGCAAAUCCAUAUUGUACAUUGAUCACGUGCCAAAAGAACGAAUAGCUGAGCAGGAAAGUGUGCAAUGUGAAGUGAAAAUAUGCACUGAAAACUGGCACAUUUCAGCAGCAUCUGGGCAGAGGCGUGGCAGUUUGCAGAAUUAAGAAAUGAGGUGGGGAGGUGCAGACUUGGCCUCCGUGCUGCUGCUCAAGAAAACUGACAGCCUGGUCACUUUUUCUCACCCCUUGAAGAUCCUCUCAGGCAGAACGUGGCAAGAUCACAUUGCUGGCCAAAGCUCUCUUGCUGUUUGGGGGGAACCUACGGGGCCGCCUCUCCUGGUAUGCCCCAAUGGAGGACCUUACGGUCCAUAAAUAACAACAUUUUGGAGGUCCCAAGUCGCAAGGUGGUUAGAUUGGUCUCAACUAGUCCCAGGGCCUUUUCAGUACUGGCCCCGACUUAGUGGAACGCUCUGUCACAAGAGACCAGGGCCCAACGGGACUUGACAUCUUUCCGCAGGGCCUGCAAGACAGAGCUCUUCCGCCUGGCCUUUGGUUUGGACUCAGUCUGACCCAUACGUUUCCCUCCCCUUAUGGUUUUGCUCUAUGGGCUACUUUUAAAACGAGGCUGCAUUUUAAAUUGCUCCCCCCCCCAUUAUGUUUUUACUGUAAUUUUACUGGUGUUAGCUGCCCUGAGCCCGGCUCUGGCCGGGUGGUGGGGGGGGUAUAAAUAAUUUUUUUAAAAAAAAUUAUUAUUAUUAUUAUUAUUAUUAUUAGCAAAUCCACAAGCUUCCAGGAAAACCAUACAGUGUGGCUGCAGCUGGGGAUUCUCCCCAUGGAGGCUUCGGUGGGGAGCUGACAGAGUCCGCCCCCCCCGCCCACUCUGAGCCUGCAGCUGGCUCCCCGUCACACCUGCGGAAUCCCAGGUGACUUGCUCUGUGCUGCUCCAGCAGAACCUGACAAGAUGCAGGCGUCCUACCUGUCACCACUGCAUCACGCCGUUUCUCUAAGGAAUUCAAAGUGGCAGGUCAGGGGCAGGAGGGAGCCACGCAGUUUAUCCUCACAAAAAUAUUUCUAGGGCUUGUAGUCAGUCAGAUCCAGCAAGCCUUAUCCUACUCUCUGAUUUGGGGGGAAAGGGAAUUUGAGGAAAGCAGCUGCCUGGCUCUGCUCUCUCUCUGUGUGUAUAUGAGAGAGAAAUGUCCUGUGUUUGUUCUUCCAGUGGUACUGAUGGGAUUAAUUCCAGAGUAGCACCAACAUUAGUCUGUUGAAGCAGCAACAACAAAAAUAAUGCACUUUUCUGUGGCACCUCUGCCAUAACAGCACAGGCAUAGGCCAUGACGAAGGAAGAGCUCUGGUCUGUGAUAUUUCACAAGCACAGUAAUUGGCGAUUUUGCUGCCCUCUUGUUCUCAGCUUUUGCUGUGUUAGCUUGUAGUGGGAGAAAAAAUCUCUGCCCUUUAAAUACCAAACUUGAUUACGGUUCUCAGCUGGGAUUAGUGCCUCAGGGGCGCCUUCUCACAUCCAGGAUCAGGCCACGUGGCCCAAAGCGGGAAGUUCGCCACCUACUCACUUGUAAAGCAGAUGCGCGGUACGACUGGGUCAGUUGCAGGGUCAGAGUCGUGGCUGCAAAGGCUUUCCUCGAGUGGCUGUCUGCUAUCAACGAUCCAUAGGGCCUUUGUUUUCGAAAGCCUUUUGGAGGCAGCCUGCUGACUCAGGAAAGAAAUUGGAGUGAGGGCACCAGCCUUGCUGGACAGAAGACUUCUCCUCGCUGGUGGGAUGCUGAGCUCCUCCCGCCAGAAAGCAGAACGGGGAAACUUGGCAGAGUUUCGAGAUGUGCUGGGCUUCACCAGAUUCAAAUCUGGAAGCUGGCAAGCCUCCUGCAUCCAUCCAUGUGUUAUGCAAAGACAGCACAUUUUGCAGGAGUGUCCCAGGGCGUUCUCCAAAUCCAGAGCGUUUUCCACAUUGGACGGGGGGUGGGGGGGUGGAAUACAGGAAGAGAUUAAAAGGGGGAAAUGAAAACAAGCUGUGCUGAAGUUCUUUGCAUCUCGCAAGGCAGCCAGACUCUCCCUCCAACUAGUCCUGCAGUCUACAUCUCUCUCUCUCACUUUCUGUCCCCCUGAUCCUAUGCUCUGCAUAAAUUUUUAAGAUGUAACUUUGGGCAUGCUUCCAAAAUUGAGGUUUUUUGAGAACUGUGGAAUGUGGGGACAUGCAGAGGGAUGAGGAAGAGGAAUGGAAAGAAAGGAGAACGGAGUAAGGAUGGCCCCGUUUUGGAGAGAGCGUGCGGUCUAGGCUGGCAAGCAGUGUUGGCGAUUGUGGCCGGUCCUAUCGUUGGACAGAGUGAGGGUGGGGACUCUUUGUUUCCUGCCUGCCUUGGUUAAUCUCCUUCUCCCAGCAUAUGUCGUAGGCAUUGCGGAUGGGAGACGCCCCCUGCCCAGCCAGCUGAGGAAGCAGGCAGAGAAAUUCUGUGUGGCAGGAGCAGGAGCAGCAAACAACGUCACAGUGAAUCGUCGUCGCUUGUCUUCACUUCCCCCACUGCCCUGCUCACAGUUGUGAAGAAUAUUCCUCCGUUACGAAUGGUCCAUGCCGCCAUUAAAAAAAAAGAGGUUGGAAGAGGCCAAUAUAGAUGUGGAAUGUCCCUAGAUCAAGUGACUUUUCUUCUUUUAAUUUCUUAACCUAGCGCAAGGUUGUCAUCUGCACUGUUUAACUGAGAAUCCAUCACAGUCAGUCCAUCAUUUGAAAAAUGAGGCUUUCAAGCCGUCUUGUCCCAAAAUGGCAACUAGACAUUCCAUUUUGGCGACCGCAACCUUGAAUUCAGGAGCCAUUUGGCGCCUAGUUUACAGACCUGAGUUUCUAGCUCUGCUCCUAUUGAGCCUCUUAAUCUGAUUAUUCAAGGCCUGCCUCCUCCUCCAUGGCAGGCAGCCUCUCCCAGGCAGCCCGGCUGUGGGGCUCUCUGGAGCUGCCCCCUGAACAUUUCACGCUUGGAUGCCAUUUAAAGGAUUAGCAUCGCUCCAGCUGCUCCUUGGCAGGGCUGGGGGGAGGCGCCGCUUGUUGCCAUCUGCUUCGUCAGUCUUGCAAGCUUUGCGGCAGGAUCAGUGUUCUGCCUGUAAGCGGCUUAGUCACGCUCCAUGGUGUGGGUGAGGAUUCGUGCAAGCGCACAGCAAGUUGUCAGCAGUGUGGCCGUGCACCUGCUGCUUGCUCCCCCCCCCCCCCCAGUUUCAAAUACAGUCCAAGAUGUUGCUGAAAAUGUUCGGCUGCACAGCCGGCCGUCUGCACCCGCAGCGCUGGAGAGGCGUCCGCCCGAACCUCUUUUUCGUGGCAGCCGGGGCUUAGAGCGACCCGGCUGGCUGAAAUGGUGCUCAGUUUCCACAGGAAGUGGUUAUUCGCUGCUUACCAAAUUCAGAUUCCUGCAAACCACCUCCUCCGUCUCCUUUUCUUCAAAUAAGGCCCUGGCCCUCAGGCCUCAAAGUGUCCGGGGUGAUCUCGAGAACCAGAUGAGGUCGCCGAGCAAGAUUUCUAAUAAUAGCCAGGGAAAAUACAUAAACAGCAACACACUUUUGCAGAAUAAAUGCAUGCAAAACUGACAGAAUUCUCUCGGGUUUGCAUAUUUCUGCACAAUUUGCAGAAUUCAGAUUUUCUCUCCGCAGAUUUCAGCACAGAAAUUCGAUUUUCCUUCUUCGUCUGUUUGGGCGUUGAGAGAAAACAGCCUGGCUGACGCUUUUGUUUGUUUCUGUCCUUUCUAGGAGGAUGACGAGAAGAUAAUCCAGGAGAUUCAGAAGGAAGCUGAAGAGGAGCAAAAGAGGAAAAACGGAGGUGGGUGGUGCCUCCCCCUCCCCCCUUAACAGGCAGAGGUCGAUGGGGGUCCCUGGAGAACAGAGCAGCCCCAAUUCCCAGAAGCGCUUUCUGCCUAAGCCCCAUGAUUACCCACACGAGACACACUUGGCUGGUCGGUUGUCUGCCUGUUGGUUGAUCUUGCAAACUUUAGAUGAAAAUGAGCUGGUAGUGUUUGCACAAUUCAGCACCCUAGGGAUAUUCUGUAGCCUCAAGGGGUCUGUAGUAAUCAUCAUCAUCAUCAUUUAUUUAACCUCUAUACUGCCCUUCACCUGAGGAUCGCAGAACAGUUUAAAGUAUAGAAACACAAGAAUACAUAACAUAAUAACCCUGGGAUAACCUCAGCUGCACUGCCUGAGUUUUGGCAGGCAGGUUUCAGCCAGGCCCGUGUACGUGGCAUGCAGGUCUUCUGCAGAAAAAGCAGAGCAUUACAACCACCGUGGGGUUUUAGCCGAAGGUUACGUUUGGAGAAAAGGAUUGAGAAAGGGGAAUUCCAAUGGCAAGUACAGUGGUACCUUGGUUUGCAACCAUAAUCCAUUCCGGAGGUCUGUUUGUAAACCAAAACAAGUUGUAACCUAAGGCGUGCUUUUGCCAAUGGGGCCUCCAAUUUUAUUUUUUUUUUGUAAUAAAAAAAAAAAGGACUGUAUUCCAAAAAAAGGUUGCAAACCAGGACAUGCACUUCCGGGUUUGACAUGCUUGUAAUCCAAAACAUAUGCAAACCAAGGUACCACUGUAAUAAGUUUGAGUUCACCAAAAUUACUUCUUUUUAAAUUAUAUAUGUGACAUAGGGGGAAACUGGUUUUUUUUUUAAAAAAAAUUGGCUCAUUGCAUGAGUUGAUUGAGUAAAAUGCAUCAUGCGCAAAAGCCGUAGACCUAAAGCAGGAAGCAUGGGAGUUGCCUGCAUCUCUUAUAGCAGCAGUAUUAGAAAAUGGAGAAUAUCUCGUGUGGUGUUCUUUAAAGGUUCUGUAGGAUUUAUACAGUUUUAAAUCUGCUGCUCGGUUAAUCAUUGCACUUUUUAGAUAACUCAGAAAGAUUUUUCCAAACGGAUUUCAAUCCGAGCCAGCCUGGUUCUCCUCUAGCUGCUGCUGGACCCCUCGAUUCUUCUGACCGCCUUUGGCCCAGGGGUCCAUAAAUAUCUGGGGGAGUCAGGCUGGCCCUUCCCUGCCCCCAUCGCUUUAAAGGUUGAAGCUGAACUGCUGAUUCUGCUGUUUACCUGCCCUCCACAUUGUUGUCUUUCUUUCCUCCUCUAGAAAACAGUUUCAAGCGGAUUGGGCCCCCGGCAGAGAAGCCUGCGGAGAAAAUCCCGCGAAUCGAAGCCAUCCCCAGGCCGGUCCCGCAGAACCUUCACCACCAAAUGCCCCCUUACCCGUUUGUGCACCCUGCCUACCCGCUGAACAUGCCCCCCGUCCGCCCGCUCUACAACAACAUUGGCCACAUCAACAUGGGGCCCAUCCCUGCCCCUUAUGUGCCCCCCCUGCCCAACAUGCGGGUGAACUACGACUUCCCCCAGGUGAACCUGCCGCUGGAGCACAACCUCCCGAUGCACUUUGGCCCACAGCCACGGCACCGGUUCUGACCCGGCUCAGGGCGGCGCCAGGACUUUGGGAAGUCUCUGCAGGGAAAGUCCACACACUGGCUGACGCAGCCCGCCCCUUCCUCUCUUCUCCACUUUCCCAGUAAACUGCAAGCGCUGAACACGCUCCUGGGCGCCCCUCCGGUCUUCUCGUCCCCCAAGGCAAGAUCAGCACCUUUGCUGCCCAGUCUCUUUUGCGGGAAGCGGAAGGGACGGGAGGCUCGCCCUGGCACCCUUUUGCUUCCGCCGCUCGUCUAGGAAGGAAGUUCUCUGCUCAGUGAGGUAGGCAGGGGGUGCAGGGGCCUGUUUGGAAAGAGGCAGCGACGACUCGGACCCACGUGCCAAAACCACAGUUUCUCAUGCCUGCCCAAACGGCGCUGAGAGUGGAAAAAUAUCAGGUAGGAGGUUCAGCUCCAGCCAGCUACAGAUUUUGACCGGUGUGGUUGACGGGCAAAUUAAACCAUUGAUGGGAAACCACCGAGGCAAGCAGAAGUUGGCAGAGGCCGUUGCAAACACCAGAUUGGCAGCUUCUGUGGCCCUCAGGUCAGGAAGAAACCCCAGCAGAGCUCUUCCCACCACAACCAUCUUGUGCCUUUGGCACAGGAGUCAGGCGGCGGGUUGCAGCCAACUAAGUCCUACUCAAGAGUAGACCCGUUGAAACCAGUGAACCUAAGUUGGCCGUGCCCAUGAAGUUAAAUGGCUCCACUCUGAGCAGGACUCGCGUUGGCUGCAACCCAGCCUUCCCAGACUCAGUGUGUUGGUGGGUCGGGCUUUUCAAAGAGAUAUCAGAGGCCUCUGAUUCUUCCGAGGUGCCAAACUGAAGACUUGCUGUCACUCAGCUCAAUGUAACGUGAGACCGCAUCUGUUUAAAAUAAAUGCAGCUUCCGUGGCUGGAACAGUUCUCAAGUGUGUGAGCCAAACCUCUGGUGCUGGGCCUCUGACUUAGCAGUGCUAUGGCUUUGGGGUGCGUUGCCCCUGUGGCUGCUUCCUGCUGGGCUUUGCAUUGCACAUGGAAAGCCUUGUGGGUUGAAUCCUGGUACAGCUGCAGGGAGGGCGGUGUGGGUGGUGACGUGUCUGGAAUCUUUGGAAGGAACUGGGUGAGCGUUGGCUGGCUUCACAGGCGAGCCUCUGCCUCCUCUGGUGUUGUAGUCGGUGUGCUUUGCUGUUCGGGGUCUUCAGCAUGUUGGGAGUACCUGCUCGUUGACUUGUCUAGUUGUGGUCUGAAGCACUCUGGGGCAUCUUGCAGGCUUGGAGGUCAAGGAAUUCCCCCCUGCGCACUUGAAAGGCAUUUCCAGCUCCCAGAAGAUCGCAGAGUUGCUGCUGCAUACAUGGAGCUGCCUGAGGCCAGUGGAGCCCUCGUUAAUUGGGACAGGGCAAUCAUGACCCAAGCGCUCCUGGGCACUCUGCGUAUGUGCAAAGGCUUCCUUGGACUCUUGAGCCGCUGACCCACCGCACUCGGCUGUGGAAACCUUCAGCCUAAAGCUUUCCACUUGGAUUAUUCCAGGCAGGGCUGAAAGAGGGUUUGUUGAUCUCCAGCUCCCAUGCCCAGAGGGAUGAUGGGAGUUGUAGUCCAGCAGCCUCCGGAGGACCACCAUGGAUUCCCCACCCUUGGCUUAAGGGCUGUUUUGUACCAGUGCCGGCAAAUGCACAGCUGGUUGCAGCCUGUCCUUCAAAGGCUCCCAUGUGCCUGACCUUCUGCAUGACUUGCGGAACUCCAGAGCUCUGCAGUCCUGCCUCUGCUUCAAGGAGGGGUCUCUGUUGCCAGAUACGGACCACUUUUCGCACAACGACAUGUCAGGUCCAUCCCCACUCUAAGGCUUCUGUGCGGCGAGUGCGGCAGGAAUGAGCACUGGAUCACAUCCUGUCCGCCUGACUUAACGCCAGCCAUUUGAAACAGUUUUUCCCUCGCAAAGCUAUGAACAUGGAUGCUCUCAUUUGCUAGGAUUAUGAGCAACUUACAGAAAAUAACUCCAAUGGAGAAGAAUUUCCAACCACCCUUUUGCUUAAUAAUAAAUACAUUUCGCACUUACUCUUUGAAAUUCUGGGUCUGCUUUCCUUUUAGAAGUAUUACGAUAAAGCAUCUUUGGGGUGGAGUGGGGGCGUGGAACCCGUUCUGAGUUGGGCUCUUCUCUCCCCCGACCUUCCCUUUUGACCUUCGUAGUCCUGGGACUACGGGCCACAGACAAAGCCAAAUAUGGCAGCUCCGCCCUUUCCCCUCUCUUCCGAUGUUGGCCCCCCUCCCCCCUCAUGGAUUUGGGAGCUCCCUGCAUGAGCUCCACCAGGGCACGGAAAGCGGGCAAACCUUAAACCCUGAGAGGCAACCAAAACAAUUCUCCCAAUAGCCGUGGGGAUGCUCUUGCCUCCUGCCCUCCCCUCUUCCCUUGCAAUACGUACCCAAGCACCACCACCUAUUUAUUUGGAAACUGAUCUGUUUCAGUCCCUCCCACUCAUUUUAUUUGGUGCUCUCCUAGACUGCAACUCCAGCCUCGCCUGGCUGGGGGCCUGAGUCUAUAACAUCUGGAGGGCACCAGGUUGGGAAUAGCUGAGGGAGUGUGUUACAAAAGUGAAACAAUGACUCCUUUGCUGCAGAGAGAGAACAACUGCCUGUGGGACAGGUGUGGAGGGAGUGGUGUAUGCGCGCACUGCGGAUGAAUCUGGCAAUACCUGCAUUCCAAGUUUGUUGGCUUAAAAGUUCCAUUGCGUUGACUGUUCCAUGUUUGCUGUAGUUUAAAAUCAUGCUGUUUGUCGACACUGCUGCUCCUGUUCAGUGAUUCUUAAAAGGGGUCACGAUACAGCUGGCCAAGUGCUCUUUGGCUGAUUUCUCUUCAGGUUUUGACAUUAGCACCUUAACUUUAAAACAAAAGAUUAUUUGAUGUAGCAAUUGCCGGACAUGCAGGUGGCGCUGCGUUUGGAGAAAAGGAACAUCAGCAGGGCUAGCUGUCAGGAAACAAAGGAUGGGAGGACCGCUGGCGAUAUUUUUGAAAGCGUUGGGCGUGUGUGAGUGCAUGCAUGCAGCAACCAGCUAUGCAUGAAAGAAACCCCUCUUGUAUCACAGCUGUAGACAGAGAGGUGGCCUGUGGGUGCCAUCCUGCGGUUUAAUUGAUAAGAGAAGCUGCUUCUGAAAGCGCUUGGUGUUGGUGCAUCGCUCCCAGUUUGCCCAUUGGCACUGCCUUUCCAGGAUUGCUUCUGCAGUGUGCAUGUUCCCCCAGUCACUUUGGCUCCCCUUCCGUGGGUCUCGCUGGGAGGAGAAGCUCCUGCGCGCUCUGCGCUCUGGGCCAGGUCUACAUUCUAUGCAGCAGGCACAAUUUCCCUGGGGAGGCAGCGUUCCCCAGGUUGCAGAUGAAGCUCGGGUGGCCUUCCUGCCUACCGGCCCAUUCAUGUGCACAUGGACAGUUGUGCCGGGACAUCCUGAUGCUGUGUCCCUGUGUGUUUAAAGAUUUGGGUGAGGACCUUGCAUCCCUUUUUGUCUUGGGGAAUUCUGAUGCGCUCACAGUGGUUGUGUUGGCUGUGCAGAGUGUGGGGCUCCCCAGAGUGGCCAGGGCUCAGAGGCAAAGCUCAACUUCCGGCAAGGAGCUUGACCUUUUUGCCAACCUAGGCUGCAGAAUCGCCCUGGCAUGUGCAAGGGCCCUGGGUGCCUUUACCAAGAUGGUUAGAGCCUUCCUAACGCUGACCAAUCAGAUCCUUGCACACCAGAAGCAGGUCCUAAGAAUGGCGUUUCCCUAUUGUUAGGCUACUGUGCUCUCUUCCCCUUUGCUUUGACCAGCUCACAUGAAGUUUACCGUUUGUUAUCUCUAAACCGUAGCAUUUUGGAAGGUCUUUGUGGAUGUUUGUACUUGAGUGAACGUAGUUGGGAGCAGGCAGAGGUGCAGUUAAAGCUGGCUGCUGUUGCCUUAGUACGACUGGAGACCUUUCAUUGCAGUUUGCUGGACCCGUGAGGCCCUUGGCCCUUCACCAUCUCCCCAUUUUCUGUGCUGACUCUGGUUCAUAGCCUCCAUUCAUUUCAGGCUGCUUCCUGUAGAGAUGGAGACUUGGGUGGCGGCAGCUCCUGUUAGCCAGAGAUUGGAAGCUCAGCUGUUGCUGUUCUUCAUAUCCAGUGGAUUUCAAAAGCCAUUUAGCAUGGAUGGGAUGGCCCAUUCCUCCACCCCAUCCCCACUUGGUGCCCCUUUCAGUGAGGUUUUUUAUUUGGCCAGGGGUCCUCCUCUUUGCAUAGACAAAAUACUGAAGAAAGAUACCCGCCCAAGCUGAAUGACUCCUUAGCCUCUGCCUCCCAUCAUUCUGGUGCUCUGAGUAAAAUAAUUCUUUAAGCGGGGAUAAUCCACCUCUUGGGAAAUCGAGGCAUUUUGACUGCAAAGACGGUGCCUUUUUUACUGCAUCUGAAACUGAAACACUCUUUCCUCAUUCUUUGCCUGCCCACGAGCAGUGGAGAAAACCUCUUGGGGUCCAUACUGACUUAAAACAUGAUUUUUGGCCUUGCUCAUUUUGAUGUGUAAGCCUGAAGCAAAGACCUCCUUAGCCUAUGAUCAUGAACAGAGAUGCCAAGGUCCAGCUCCUGGCACUUCUUGAACAGCCUUGUUCAAUUGCCUCCCCCCGCCCCAGUGGAAGCGUCCCCGUGAGCAUUUUGCCUUUCUCCUUGCAACUUCUUGUUUGGGGUUGCGCAACUUCGUCCUAAACAAUGAGCCCCCCCAUCCCUUGAAUCGGAUUUUGGUCCUCGGUCCCUUUCCGUGUUAAGAACACCACGUUGGGGAGAAAGGGCAGGCAUCUGCAGGGAAGAGGCCCCUAGGGGGCCAGGAUUUCCUUUCUUGCAGGUAUUCAAGGAUGAAUCUUAACUUCGGAUAUAUGUUGGUUUCCUUUUCCAAGUUUCGCACGGGGAGAGCAUCGUCUCUUUGUGAGGGGUUUUCUGAGCUUCGGCCAGGGAAACUUUACCAAACCUGUGUGUCUGACAUGGGAGAGCGUUGCCCCCGUACUGUGACGCAGCGUGAAGGCCGGCUUCUCACUGCAGUGGCGUGCUUCAGUCCAGGCCGCACCACCUGGCCAUGCAGGUGAGGCCUCUCAUGACAGAACGCUUCUCUGCUCAAUUUUUUUUUUUUAAAUCCUUGCACGCAUAAAGCUAGCAAGCUCAAGGAUUCUGGUGUGGCCACUUCCCCCUGCUGUGUUAUUUUUCUGCAUAGGGGGAUUUAAAAAACAACCUGAAGAGGUCCGCCCGGAAACGUCCUGCGAACCAGGACGGUUUAGCAUAGGUAACAUUGAAGUCCCUUGAGCUUGAGCCAGGCUUCCUGGACAGGGCGCCCUCCAGUUGUUCUGCACUACAACUCCCACCAGUCCCAGCUAGUACAGCUGUGGUGAGUAUACAAUAUGGCCCUCCUGGCUGCGCAUUGUAGUGCAAAACAUCUGGCCGGGCAGCAGUUAGCAAAGGCUGCUGUCAACAUGCCUCUGUGGGCUCCAGGUUCUUGCGACCUCCUCUCUUCUUUUGUAUUUGCAUUUUCCUUUGUGGCUUUUUUUUUUUAAAUUAAAAAAAAGUUCAUCUCUCUUUACGGGUAGACACAGGGAAGUGUGUAUUUUGUACACCCCAAGCUUGACAUUUUAACAGGUACUUUCUAUUAUCAAAUUUGCAGUGUCGCAUUUAACUUGCCUUAAAAGGUGGAAAGAGAGAAAUCUAGUAUUUGCACUUCGCAAAAAAAGAAAAGAAAUGGAAAAAAAAGAGCAAACAAAUUGUGCAUGUCCUGGAACUUUGUAUAACAAUAGCUUAAAAAUGAAUAAGUGGUUUAUUAAUAAAGGAAAAAAAGAAUAUUUUUUCUUUACCUUCUGGUAGGAAACCAUUCUAAUAUUCUGUGUGUAAAAAGUCUCUGUAUUAUAUUGUAAUUUGAAUUUUUUGUAAUUAAAACAACAACCUUGUGCACUCUC